CCUGGCAGUGAGUGCUCUCUCUCUCUCCCCUCCCCCUGGCAGUGAGUGCUCUCUCUCUCCCCCCUCCCCCUGGCAGUGAGUGCUCUCUCUCUCCUCCCCUCACAGGAACUCUCAGCCCUUUCCCGCCAUGCACCGCGGCCCCUGACAAGUCGAUCCAAGAUGGCGUAGAAAGUAAUGACAGGUAAGUCUUGACUCCCCCCCCGAUCGGAGCGGCCGGACCCCCCGCCAGCCGCCAUCCCCCCCCCGGCCCGGGGCUCCCCCUGUACCCGAGGACCCAGCCUGGAGGGAGCGGGCAGCGGAGAGGCCUACACGGUGCGGCCCGGCGGGGUGUUUACAUCCCCGGCCUGGGAGAGUACUCGAGCCCCCGGCGGGAGCCCAGUGCAGGCCGCGGCUCUGGGAAGGGGCCGGGGGCCGGGAUCAAUGGGCAGGGCUGCGGGGUGACGGCAUUCCCGGUCCGGGGGCCUAGCUCGGGCAUUAUAAGUGAGACGGGGGCUGGAUGUGGGCGGUGAUGGGAGUUUACAGCACUUUGUGGGGCUGGUAGGAUUCAGGGGGCUUCCAGGGGCAGACACGGGCAUGGGGGGCUGCUGGGGAGUGGGGGCACUCCUGGGGUGCAGACACGGGUAUGGGGGGGCUGAUGGUGAGUGGGGGCACUCCUGGGGUGAACACGGCCGUGGGGGGCUGAUGGGAGUGGGGGCACUUCUGGGGCUGCUUGGGUGAGGUUUUUGCUGGGGUUAGGGGCACUUCUGGGGUGCAAGCUGGUAUGUGGGGGCUGCCGGGGAGUAGGGGCACUCCUGGGGUGCAGACACUGGUAUGGGGUGUGGGGGCCCAGGUUAAAUUGGGGGCAGGCAGCUUAACUUGGGAUUGUUGUUUUAUAUAUCUGGUAUAUGGUAAUGUUAUAUUAAUAGUGCAUUUUAAAUAUGGGGUUAAUGUCAUUUAACCCCAUCCCCUCCUAUAUAAAUGUGGGGUUAAUGUAAUUUAACCCCAUCCCCUCCUGUUUAAAUGUGGGGGUUAAUGUCAUUUAACCCCCACCCACUCUUGUUUAAAUGUGGGGGUUAAUGUCAUUUAACCCCCACCCACUCGUGUUUAAAUGUGGGGGUUAAUGUCAUUUAACCCCCACUCUUGUUUAAAUGUGGGGGUUAAUGUCAUUUAACCCCCACCCACUCCUUUUUAAAUGUGGGGUUAAUGUUAUGAUUGGUGCCUUUUAAAUAUGGGGCUGAUGUAAAUUAGGUGGCCUUUUAAAUAUGGGGUUUCUCUUAAACAUGGGGCUAAUGUCACUUGGGGUCCCUGCUAAAUAUUGGGGUAAUGUCACUUGCGGUCUCUGCUAAAUAUGGGGCUGCCAGUAAUAUCUGAGAGGUGACUUUUUGGGAGCAAUGGUGAAUAGGGAGCUGCAGUUUAUUUUGAUCAUUUUAUUUUUGGAUUUGCUAAUUAUUUUUGGGCUAUGUGGGGGAGGCUUCCAUUUAAAAAAAUGUAUUACUUUAUGUGAUUUUGAGGGGUUAAUCUAACAGGCGGUUGCUGUGGGAUUUCAGUGUAAGGACAGGUCAGUGUUUGGUUCUGAGCUCUUUGUGAGAAAACAAUAUGGAUAUUUUGGGGCAACGUAUGUGGUGACCUUUGCAUGGUUGCAUCUUAGAGCAGGGAUCCCAUGAGUUUUAUUUCAUUUUUAUUUAUACACUAACCUAAAAUUUACUCCCGAAACUGGGUACAGCUAUCAGUUCAGAACAGUUAUAUGCACAGAAGGGAGAAUUGUGAUAUUUACAGUAUUUAUUUAUUGGGAUGCUAACUCAUUAUUACAUUGUAAAUGUUUAAGGAAAGUUCUAAAUUCCUCAACUUUGUGGAAUGGAUGUCCGGCCAAGAAUUAGUUAUGGUAAUUUAGCAUUUUGUAUUUUAGUUUAUAAUUUUGGGGAUAAGGAGGUGCACAUAACUAGAAGGCAGCUUUGAAACACAUGUGUUGUAUUCUCUAAAAAAUAAAUUGCAGUGAAUUGAAAACUGUAUUGCAAAAUUCAGGCUAACAUAGCUAAGCUUCGGCUAUACCAUAUGUUUUUUGUUUGUUUUUUCCCCCCAAAUAGCUCUUUUCCAUAAAUUUUGCAGUUCAAUUCCAUGGGUGUUUCAAAAAGGAUUCACACUUCCAUUAUUUCAAAUGCCAGGUAAAACUGAAAACUAUAAUUGGUAGACUUGCGCUCAAAUUCUUUUAAGUUGGUGCAAACGAACAAAAAUUACUUUUAAUCUACGCCCGAAGCAAUUAAACCUGAAUUAAACUCUGGUAAAUCCUGGAUGGAGAGAGUUGUUUGACUGUAGACUAAAAGGAAUUUGCCUCCAUUGAUAUGCUUGGAUAGAGACCUAUAGUUGGGCCUACACAAGCUUUUUGUUAUAAACAAGUAACUUCGAAAAUUUUUAAUGUUUGCCCAUUGUUAAGAGUGGUUAUAUCUUCUGGUGCAUUGCUAAACAAUUGGUGAGUGACAUAGAAACUGGAGACUCACUGUAAAGUGAAUGCACAUGUGAUAAAUUUGUUGCCUUUUCAGGGUACACAAGGAUUCGCUCUUUUAGUACAAUAGAAGUGUAUGCAGUAUAUUUUUGGUUAUAGCUAUGAAGACAGUGCCUGCCCAUUAUUUAUUGUGGUGAAUUAAGAAUUGUAUUCUCAUAUUUAGAAUUCACCCUGUUUGUAGGCAGACACUCACCAGUUUAUUUUUAUAAUGCUGGCCAUGUUUGACAGAGGGCAAAUCAGGUCAAGUGAAUAAAGCGUCAGAUUAUGUCAUCAUAUGAGAGUGGCAAGAUGGUGUCUGACAUUUCAUAAUGGUCUCUGAAGUUUGUUCUGCCUUCCCCUAAGAUGGCUGAAGGGAAAACCCAUUUUUUUGGAAUUUUUCAUUAAAUAAGCGCAUUGACACAGUCCUAUUUCACCUGGCUCGCUGCUCAGCUCUGUGAUACGUGCCUGCAAACCGAUACCCCUGUGCAGUUAGAUUUUUUUUUAUUUCUGGUGAGAUUUAUUUACUAGCCUGGGUUUGCAGAGUUUUGACUAGGGAAUUGGAGAUUUUAGGACAAGAUAACCUAGCUGUAAUUUUAGCUGAUUUGUAGAAUUUUUACAAUUUGGCCUAAAGUUUUAAACUUUGUCCGUUUUCCUCAAUACUGAAUUUGUUGAAUAACCCUGUAAACGUUUUAGUUUCUCUUUUUGCUCUAUUGGUUUGGAGGCAGGGGGUAGACCUGUCAACAGCUUCUGAAAUGAUAUUUUUAGGAUCCAGUUUACGCAAUGUUUCCAGCCUGAGAAUACCAGCAGUCUCUCCACUAAACAAAUAUUUAUCUUCUCUUAUCAAAAGCAACUCUGCAAACAUUUUCUUCCAUUUUUAAAAUAAAAUAAAUACCGAACACCAAAUGGUUAGUUCACUAGCGUGAGUUGACAAACAGUAUGAAGAAUAAAACAAAAUAUAUCUGAAAAUACAGUUUAUGAUAACUUACCAGGGAGACUACUAAAGUGUUCCUGAUAUUUCCUAGGUUGCCCGUUGGAAAUUUUAGACAAUGAUCCCACUUUUUACAAUGAUAGAUGGAGCAAAUCGACUGUCAUCACUGAAUGUUAUUGUUUAUUAUGGAAUAACUUGCCUAUUUUAUGUCAUUACUGCAGGCAUGGACAAAUCUAUGUAUAAUUUAGGAGUAAGGCGGGCAUUAAGUACCGAGAAUGGAUAUAUUCACAGCGAUCUCUUCAAAGUUAAAUGCCAGCAGUUCUAUAUCGUCUAACUAUUUGUACAGCCAAGCAAUUUAAACCAAUCUAUUUAGUUGUUUCCCCUUCAGGUUUCAUAUACGUGUCUAAUACUUCCUGUUUCUUUGCAUUGCGAUACUUGAUUUAUUUUCUUGCAAAUUUCUGAUAAAACAUACUUUUUUGAUUUUAUAGAGGUGUCUAGAACAGGAGUCAUCAGCAGGAGUUUUGCCAUUUCCCAUGACCCCUAUUUAGUAGUGUAUUGCUAGUUUUGCUGAGCAUUAUGGGAGUAGUCUCCCAUAAUGUGUUUGAGAGUAUCUGUUCUCUGGCACAUUAUGUUAAGUUUAAUAAUGCGCUCUUUCCCCGUCAGUGCAGCUCAAGCUGGGUUUGGCUAUAUUUUGUCAGGGUUGGCAAGGAUUAGAUUGCACUGUGAAACGUGACCACACUGGUCUUCUGGACAACCUAUGGGAGUGAAUCACCUGAGUGAGACGAGGAAACUCGGCUCCACCAGCUGUGGAAUCUCACCCAUGAAACUUGCAGCAAACGCAGUGAAUUCUGUAGUUAUCUGUGCGCAGGGAAAUGUACCCUUCGGAUCUCAUCCUUGGAAUCUGCACAAGAAACCAUGAAAUUUGUCCUGCAACAUUCCAGUGGGUAUAAUUUGGUAUAGAGAGUUAAUGGUGUUUUUUUAAGAGCCAAGUACUCUCUGGGUCAUCGACUAAACUCAGAAUUUUAGUAAAUUAAAUCAGAAAUGCAAAAAAAAGUUCAUGAAAAUCUUGGUAAUUAACACAGUGUGUGCCAUUUUUCUAUCUGUGUGUGUAUAUCAGAGUAGGUCUUGUUGAUUUAAAGGGCCAUUAUGUGUAUUUAUUCUGAUAAAACUAGAGUUGUCUAACCUUUAGCACUCCAGCUGCUGUAGUGCGCGUUAGUGUGUGAUGUGCAUAAACACACCUGGGAUCAACAAGAACACUGCUUACAUAUUUAUCUAGUAUCUAUGAAUAUGUAUUCUAACUCUUAAAUCCUGCAAACAUAAAUCAGCCAUUCUUUCUAAAAUCCUUGUAAUAACCCAGUGUGAUUGUGUUUACAUCAUAUUAGUCCAAUUCACCUCCAGCUCAGUACCAGCAGCAGCAAGAUUUUUAUAAUUGCUUGCCCCUUUUGAAUGAAGCUGGCUUGGCAGCUUUAGACGAAGGAAUGGUGGUAAAGGAGCCAUGAUAAAAGUGCUUAUCACUAAACCUCACUCUGUUACAUCAAAGCCAUACCCUUAACCAGACCCAGUAGGAAAUGAUACACAACCCUUGGUGGAAACCAAUUGGCUGCUCAACACACAUUUUGUGCACCCCCUUCUACACAAUAAAAUGUUUAGCCAAAAAUAUGUGAAAUAAGUUGACAAAUAGACCAAAUGAUAUCUAAAAGAAAAACAAGAUGAAUACAAUAUAAUCUAAUAUGAUAGCCACAGUCAAGGGGAGACUCUCUUAUGAAAGAGCCAAUUUAGACACUUGGAUCUUAUGUGAAGCAUAGUUGGACUUAUCCUUCCCUUAUCUUUUCUUUUCAAAAUCAGGAAAAAUAGCGGUUUGCAUUUCUGUAGUAGAGUAAAACUUCACAGCAUAAAUCUGCUAAACAGGUGGAUAUAAGGAGGGUUUUUAGAAAAAAAACAACCCUUAUUUAAGAGCCUAAUGCAACUGGCUCCACAUUUUAAAAAGCACCCCACGUGUAGAUCCUCAGGCCUGGUUUAAAUAUUGCUCAAUUUAUUAGAAAUAUUUAAAAAAUGUAUAAGUCAUGUAAUAUUGUACACACAUGUAUAAAAUGUCGCACAGGGUAAAGUCCAGAAUACGUUUCACCACUUGGGCUUCCUCAGCUGGAGUGUUCUAUCCGGGUGGAUGGUAGAAGUAACCGUACAAGUCACAUUGUUCCCUAAUUUGCCUCAUGAUGUUAUUGUCUCGUUUAAUAUACUUCAUAACCGGUUCCAGUACAGAGCGCUGUCUGCUCUGCUUGUUGCAUGAAUGGGAGAUCUCCUGCAUGCUGUCACUGCUGGUCACAGUGAUUGGUUUUAGGCAACUGGCACAGCCCAGCACCAAUCACUGUUGGCAGGGGGGGGCAUGCUGAGACUUUAUCAGGCUUUUUCAGACUGAGGUUCACCCUCUGUCUAGGGGGCUGCUUAUAAUCACGGUGGAUUCAUUGAAUCGCUCAUCCGCUGUGAUUUUAAAUGGUUUAAAGGGCGCCAUGCAGUGCUCACAUUUAGCGCUGCAUACAACCCGUAUGUCAGUUGGGGCCACUAAAUAUGGCUGUGGAUAUCGAUUGAUACCUGGGUCUCCUUGGUGCAAAGUCCUAUACAGGAAUUCCUCGCACCAAAAUGAAAAAGGUGUACCUUACCAUUCAAAUCGCUUUCAAGACCACUGUAUUUAAUACAGCAGACUGUCCAAACAUCCUGAAAGAGUUAAUUGCUCUGGGAUAUGUAUGCAAUAUAAAAAAUGUAUGUACUAAGGAAAAGAACCAAGUAGGUGUAUAAUCCUUUGCCACAAUGAUUCAGUGUUUGUUCUUUCUUUGCUGCGGGAGGGAGGCUUUUUUUUUGUUGUUGCUAUAUUUGAAAGUACUAUAACAACAACAUCUUAUUACGUUAGUUAUUGUGCUUGGUGUUUGUAUAUACUUUUAGCGUUUUAAUACAGGGAUGUGAUUGUAUGUAAUGUUUGCAUUCGCGUGCAGAGAUGUUUGGCUGUAGUGUUGGAUUUUAAAUGUGGAUGUACAUUUUUUUUGUAGUAUUUGUGUUUUUGUAUAUAAUUUUAGGGUUAGAGUUCAGGGGUGUCUUUGUAUGUUGUGUUUGCAGGCGUAUGUGUUUGGUGUUUGCUGGGAUCUCUGUACAUGUCAUGCCACGCCACAUACAUACUUACAUAUACAUACACAUUAACAAACAAACACCGACACAUAGUCAUACAUACAUACAUACAUAUACACAACUUGACACAGAUACAUACAGAUGCACAGGUACACACACUGACCGACAUACAUAUACACAACUUGACACAGAUACAUACAGAUGCACAGGUACACACACUGACCGAUACACUGACCAUCACACACACACUGGCACAUGCGCGCGCACGCACACACAUUAAAACACAGAUACACACAAACUUGCACAUACUCACACUGACAGAUACACUGACACAUACACGCAAACACAAUGACACUGAUAUACUCUGACCUACACACACACACUCAUUCAUACACACACACUCUCAGAUAAACAUACUGACAGAUUUACACACACACACACACACAAUGUAUGGCAGAUACACAUUAAAAUACAGAUGUACACACAUACACGUUUUUAUAUUUGCUGUCACCCUCCUAUUCACUUACCUUUUUCUGCAGGAGGGUGACUUUCUUCAGUGCUGGUGGCUGAGGUUGGUGUGCUGCUCAGUCCCCGCUGCUCCCUCCCUCCCUCCAGCCGGCACUCUCUGUCUGGAAGUGCUGUCACUUCCUCUCAGCAUCCCAUAUAUCAGGGGUCCAAUCGCGGUUUUAGACAGCCCCGGCGCCUGACCGAUCCCCUGUUUAGCACUAAAUGCUUGGGCCACCUGAUAGGCAAAUCACCGCAGAAACCCAAUUUUGUUCUCGCGGAACACCAGUUUGGAAACGCUGCUCUAUAUCAAGCAUCUUAAAGGAGCACUAUAGGGUACGGGUGCGCUGGCCCUGACCUGCCUCCUUGAUAACCUCAUCAGAAUUGCCAAUUUUUAGCCAAUCCAAUGCUUUUUCCAUAGGGAAAGGAUUGGAUUGGCUAAAAUCGGCAAGGAGGCAGGAUGGGGCGGGGCCAAACACCAUUUUGGCCAGUCGGCACUUCUUCAUUAAGAUGAUUUUAAUAAAUGCCACAGGAAGCAUGUCCAGUGGCCAUCUGAAAAGGCAGUGUUUGCAUUAAAAUGUCUGAAGGCAAUGAUUAUACUCACCAGAACAACUACAUUAAGCUGUAGUUGUUGUGGUGACUAUAUUUUCCCUUUAAGCUCUUACACCCGAUCCCCAUGAUGUUACAUCUUAUGAUUCUAUGGUUAUCUAUGGCUAUCAAAGAAUUCUAGGAUUAGAUCCCUGCUCCACACCAUCUGGCUGUUAUUGUGGUGAUUUAAAACAUACUUCUUUAUAUGUGAAAGGUGUGUCCUCAACUUUUUAAUGUGUGUGGUUUUUAUUUAUUUAUUUAUUUUUAUUUUAUUUUUUUAUUCUGGCUGUCAAUCAGCUCUCAGUCCUCUUAAUUCCUGAUUUUAGUUCAGUGGAGCUAAACUCGAGGCAGUUCUGGUAGAUAUAUUGGGGAGGAAAAAGGAAGCUAUCAGUAGCUUUUCCAAACUGUUAGAGAUGUCUAUCUCUCACAAUAUAAAAAUGUAUAAUUCAAUUCAUGCAUGUUUUAUGGGGAUAUAUCUCCUAAAUAGUGUUUAUUUUGGGCAGUUGAGUGUCCCUUUUAAUUAAAAUGAAAAAUGUAGGAAUAUCUAAAUGUUAAAAUCGCUCGGUCAUUGUCAUCCAAAGUUAGAGAUGGCAAAACAUGGAUGGAAAUGGAAGGGACUAGGAACCCAUUAUUGUUUUUUUGUUUUUUUUUUUAAUUUAAAAUUAAUUUUAUAUAUAAUAUAUAUUUUUAUCUUUUUCCAACCGUUUUAUAUUGACUUAGCACAAACUAACUCUUUGCUCUUUGUCUUAGAAUGUCCCUUUAAUAAAAUGUCAAAAGCUGUCUCCAACCUUCUUUGGGUUUAUUUACUAAAAUGGUGAUUGUGAAGAAAUGCGCAUUUUGCAGUUCUCAUUUCAUUGAAUAACUCUAAAAGUCUUGAUUAGUGAUGUCCCGAACGGCGGACGGCGAACAUAUGACCCUGCACCUCACAGUCAGCAGACACAUUCCAGCCAAUCAGCAGCAGACCUUCCCUCCCACCUCCUGGACAGCAUCCAUUUUGAAGCUGCAUUCUUAGUGAGCUGUCCAGGAGGAGGGAGGGUCUGCUGCUGAUUGGCUGGAAUGUGUCUGCUGACUGUGAGGUGCAGGGUCAUAUGUUCGCAGUCUGCGGCGAACCGUUCGGGGCAUCACUAGUCUUGAUAUAUUAAACCGGCAUGAUUAUUAUUAUUAUUUAUUAUUAUGAUUUUAUAUAGUGCUGACCUAAUGUUUGAUCCUCUCCUUCAGUUUCUUCAUAUUUUCUCAAUCCCCGUGUAAUGGACCUCUCAUCGCUCCUUUUUUUUUUUUUUUUUCAUAAAAAUGUGUGGGUUGUUAAUAGCCUUUUUUAUUGUAUUUUAUUCUCUCACACAUUUUAAAGGUAGGUUUUUUUUGUUUUUUGUUUUUUUUUACAAAAAAUGUUUUUUGAAGUUGCAGGUUAACAUAUAAAUUACUAAUUGCUGGCAGCAAGUUGGUAAAUUUUUAUAUCCAAUUUCCUUCCUGUAAUAGUAUAGUCAAAUAUAUCUUCAUAGAGAUAUUUAUUGCAAUUAUAGACACAUAUUUGACACAUGUUUAUAAGAUCUUUCAUAAAAAAAUAAUUCAACAUUUCUUAGACAUUGUCUUCACCAUAACCUCUAUAACUUGUAACCAGUACAUCUUAUAGGGACACUGUAGUCGCCAAAACUCGAGUUUAAAGGGACACUCAUUGAAGUGGUGUGGGUGCUGUGUCCUUGUCCCAAACUUGAAACUGCAAUGUUUAUAUUGCAGUGCUAAGACAGCUUUUAGUGUCUGUCUACCAGACGGCCACUACCGGUGCUUCAGGGAUGCUUUCCUAUGGGAAGGGCCUAAUGCACAUUAGGUCCCUCUGUCGGAUGAGGCAGAGCGCCAGUCUCACUCCACAUUAGAAUCAGAUUAGUAAAUAGUGUUUUUAACCAUUUAUGUAUUGUGGUGGGGGGGGGAGAGAGACACCAGAAGGCACUAUAGUGUUAGGAAGACCUCUUGCCAACCCCAACGUGUUGUUCAUAUAUGCGCACUUAAAGUCUGCUCACAUAUAGAUAAAUCUGUAGGAACUAUGCUGUGAACACGCAUGCACACAGUACACUUCCCUGUCUGGCUCAGUUUAUGUGCAAAAAUGUGCUUUGUAUAUUCUCUACAAGAUUGAUCACAUAAACUGUUAUAUUAAAAUAAUUAUAAUAAAAAGAACCUCGCAGUAUUGGCAGUUUAGAUAGAUGUUUUAGAAAAAGUAAAAAUUGGUGGCGUGAAUUUUUUUUCUUUGGUCUGAUAUGAAAAAGUGCAUUGAAAAAAAUACUAUAUUAGUUAACUGGCUUAAUUGAGGAGUUGGGGCAUUGCUGUGUUCACAAGAAAGCAGUAUAGACUUUUUCAUUUCAGUGCUUUCAAGAGGUUAAAAAAACCCAAAACUGCACGCUUUGCCUUGUGUCCUACUGGAAUAAUAAUAAUAAAAAAAAAAGGAAUUUGUGGCACUCUCGCACUAGGUACACCAUUGGAGCUCUUCACACACACUAUAUAUUUUUAUUAUUUCUUGAAAAUUGUCAGCAGAUGACCUCCUUCAGGCACUUUGUGGAUCAUCCUUCGCGUAAGCAGAAACAAUCGCAAAAAUAUAUAUUUAAAAAAAUAUAUAUAUAUAUAUAUAUAUAUAUAUAUAUAUAUAUAUAUAUAUAUAUCUUAGUGUUUUGUGAAAUGUUUUAUUUUUUUAUUUUAUUAAUGACAAAAAUAAUUUAAUAAAAGCAAGUUUGCUGGACAAAAUGGUCCUUUGUCUGUGUUUGCCAAAUGUACUGAUCACUAUUACAAAACAUUUGAAGCAAUAUUGGGUCUGCUCUUUACCUUCUAAAACACAACAUACAGUGUAGUUUUCACUAAUUCACUCUUGGGAUUUAUUUAUUUUUUAUCCUGGGACGAAAAAAUGAAUGAUCGAUAUUGAUCUGUACAUGUUCCUUUUUAAACUUAAGUUUCUUUUUUUUUUUUUCCUCUCUCUUGUGAAUCUGUCCAGUGUCCUGCGAGGCAUGUUGUGGAUUUCUAGAGCUACAAUACGAUAUAAGUUGUGGUGAGAGCGAGCACAAUAAAAAUCCACACUGGGUUUAUCCUCCUUGGUCUCACCACAAAUUACCGCUUGUCUAUAUAUCUGCAGAAAGACCUCAGCUUCUUGUCCAGGAUCAGCAGUAUGAUAUCGUAGACCUUUUAUCAGAGCAACCCUAUGCCUUGCUCUAAAAAUCUUUGUUUUAAACAGUGCCCUAUUUUUCAGGGUACUGCAUGAUAAAGUGUGAAGUACUUAUUUGCAUAUCAAACUGGGAAUUGUGGAAAUAUUAUUUAUUUGAAUUACCGCUCCCGUGUCAGUCGUCUCGAGUCCUACUUUCAAUAUGUAGUUGAUGAGCUGAAGUAAACUUUGAGCUAUGUAAAAACACAUUGUUACUGCAGUUUUUUGUUUUUUUACAUAGUUUUAAGACUUUCCAAUUUAAGUUAAAGGACCACUAUAGUGCCCUGAGGGUGCCCCCACCCUCAGGGACCCCCUCCCGCCUGGCUCGGGAAAGGGGUUACCUUUUUCCAGCGCUGGGCGGAGAGCUCUCCUCCGAUCCUCCUCUUCUCCUCCCAUGUGGCUGAAUGCCGCUGCGCGCGCAUUCAGCCGGUCACAUAGGAAAGCAUUAAUAAUGCUUUCCUAUGGGCGCUGGCGUGCUCUCACUGUGAAAAUCACAGUGAGAAGCACGCAAGCGCCUCUAGCGGAAGGCUUAACCCAUUCAUAAACAUAGCAGUUUCUCUGAAACUGCUAUGUUUAUGAAAAAAUGGGUUAACCCUAGCUGGACCUGGCACCCAGACCACUUCAUUAAGCUGAAGUGGUCUGGGUGCCUAGAGUGGUCCUUUAACAAACAUGGUUCUUUCCAAAAGUUAGAAUUACAAGUGAAUUCCAAAUUUAAGCUAAAAAUACCUGAACUGCUUUCAAUUUGUCUAAUCUGGCCUUACACUUUAAAUUCACUUUAUUAAAUAACCCUGCUAAAGCAAAAUGCUCCAAAAAAUUAUAUGGCACAGCAUUAAUAUAUAAUGAACAGAGACAUUACAAUAACAAUAUAAAUAACGCCCGAGGGGGUAAAAACCUGAAUGUGAGCUUCAAGCUAGCUUCGAUGGCAUGUGAGCUUGCAUUCUUGCAGUGUUCAUUUAGUCGACUAAAGCUAAAAUGGCUUUUUAGUCAAAAGACUAUGACUAAAACCCAAUUAAAAUGUGUCGCCAAAAUGAACACAGACAGGUAAGACACAUGAGGGAGGAGAGGAAAUUGCACAAGGGGGGGCUGUGGAAGGGGCAAAGGAGACAUACCGGGGCUUGGUAGUGAGGCACUUAGAGAGGUUGGGGGGGGACACAAAGAGAACCCAGACGGUCUAGGGAUGGGGCAAAAGAGACUGAGGCUUUAACUAAACCCAUUAGAUUUUAGUUGUGUUGAAUAAAAUCUACUGGAGAUUUAGUUGACUACGACUAAAACUACAUUGAAAUCUGCCGCCAAAUUUAGCCCUGCAAUAUAGAGGAAAUGGUAUAAAACUUAAGGAACACUGUUUUUGAAACAUCCCACAGCUUCUGAAAAUAGAAUUAACAUCUAUUAAAGAUUCCAAGGCUAUAUAUUCUAGGUGCAGCUGAGAGCUUGCAUUGACAGAUGUUUGUGGAAUUUAGGAGCCAGAUGGAUUUAGCAAGGCGCCGACUUUAUAUUUUUAGGGUUAAGGCGAUGGGCCCAUUCGCCGGGUUCUAAUAAAAAAAUACAUUGAACAAAUGUGGAGCCCUGCUGCUGGAGUAUAUCUGACUCUGCUGUUGUAAGGUUUGGGCCUUUAUCACUGCAGAGGUUCAGCCAGUUUCUUAACUAAGUGACGUUUGACUUAUUUUUAAGAGGUUCAAUAUGUUCUUUGCUGCACUUACUGUUUUUGUGUAUUUCUAUAUAGCGCUAACUGGUGUACUUGGCAAUAUACAGGUUACAGUACAAGGAGGUAUAGUGUAUUUAUAUUUUGACAAUCAUUUUGAGUUUUGUCGAAACGGAUAAAUAGAAACAAGUUGUUGCACAAUUAAGUUGUUGCACAUUACAGAUGAUAGACGGGUACAUCAGAGCCAUAAUGAUAAAUGUAUGAGGCCAUAUAUUUGCUUGUUCUAUUACUCGGGUCCGAGGUUUGCUGUGCAUUCCAGAUAUGCAUCAGGAGCCUGAGGAGCCCAAAAAAUGGAGCCAGGGUCUUCAACCCUACAAUGAGAGCACAGCAAGGGCGUCUAGGAAAAUCUCUAAAGCUUGGGGGACAAACAGGUAGACCGUACCCAAACUCUCAUUGUAUUAUAAGCACAUCGGUAAACGUUCUGUCCCUUUAAAAAAAGGUUUAGUGUGGGAGAAAACAUUCAGAAUGUCCUCACCUCUGCACCAGCACAACAGAGCUACUAUAUUAAAAUGUUCCUGACUUCAGCCCGAGUUUGUUUAGCAAGUUAACUGGUUCACAACCUUCUUACUAUCCCAUUGAAUGAUCUUUCACUCUAUUUGCUUCGGAACAAGUGUCUAACAAUUCUAAAUGAGAAUAUAAGCGCUAAAUAUGUGUGUGUGUGUGUAUGUAUGUAAUAUAUAUAUAUUGUGUGUGUGUGUGUUAUGGUGGGGAAAAAUUGUGAUUGAAAACCCCUUCCACCUGAAGUCUGUGGAUAGUUAAUACAAAAAUCUGCAUACCAGUCAAGUCAUAAGACUUGCUUGUCCCACAGAAAUCCCAAAUCUGCAGUGAUGUUACAACCGCAAAGGAUUCUGGGUGGGCAUAUGCAAAUUAGUUUAACAAAGAAUCACAUUUUUGCCUCAUUCCAUUUUAAACAUGGAUUCCUUUUAAUCUGUGUUUGCAGUAUACAACUGCUUGGAACACAAUUUAGGAAAAGAUGCAAAACCAGUGAACCACUCAUGGACAGCUGUUUCGUUGUUAAUGCAACUCUUCAGCAUGAGGUUGGUUACUGGUUGGCUAUUGAGGCUUGGUAGUGCUUGGGAAGCAAAAUCCAAAAACGGUUAUGGUGGGGAAAAAUUGUGAUUGAAAACCCCUUCCACCUGAAGUCUUUGGAUAGUUAAUACAAAAAUCUGCACACCAGUCAAGCACUACCAAUCCUCAAUAUUGCACACAAUUGACAUUUAAUCCACCCUGGGGAGAUAUGUAUUGGGUACUGAUGGUUUGUCUAAUGCUAGUAUACACAAGUGGCAAUAUCAGCAAGAUGUUUAGGGUGUGAAGUGUCUCUAAUGUUAGUGCACAGAUGGCAAUAUCUUUGAGGUAUGUAUAGUAUUUCUAAUGCACUAUAUCUGUGGGUGUGUGUGUGUGUGUGUGUGUGUGUAUAUAUGCUCUUGGUGAGUUACACAUUCACUUGGUAUUUACUGUACCAAGUAAUCUGACAGUUUACCAAGAUAGUUGUCCCUCCUGUGCCGUUUUGCUGUAACACUCACGUUGUUGGAUUCUGCGAAUAUUGUGGAUGGUGUUGCGGGCAAGCUUUCACGAUCCUGUCUGUGUUUUCAAAGCGGAUUCUAUUCAGGCAUUUUGAAGGCCACUGUAAUGUUUCUCAUGCAGUAAAUGUUCUGGGUGGAUUAAUUGUUUACUUGCUUUUAGAUUUGUGUUUUUCUCUGUCCUAAUGAUAUUUAUGACUCAAGUGCUCGUUCGUUUAGUGCUUACUCACCAUUUUCCUUCAGUGAAAGAAAAAUUUUGUAAUAUCACAAAUUAAAUUCAGCAGAGAGCUGCGGGGCACAUUUUCUCCCUAUUCUGUUCCUGGUGUGACUUGUUUGUACAAUGUUAACGGCUUCUGCUUAUAAAUGUACCAAAUAAAGAUAGAUCUAAUGGAUGUAAGCAUAUAUUGUGUGAGUAGAAUAAAGGCUUUAUAGCAGUUUAUUUCCUAUAACUCAAAGUGGUAACCUCUCACAUAAUAGAUAUGGUUUUGCUAUUUUCAUAGUAUUUUGUAAAACUGCAAAACAUACCUUUAAAAGCAAUGUCCUGUCCUUUCAGGCUAUCACAGCUCCCAUUGCUGGUAUGAACUAAGGAAGAGUGCAAUGUCUCCUGUACCUCCUAAAUUUUGCUACACUUCAGCUCCUAUAGAGUAACAACUGGUGUCCAAGACGUACUUAAAGGGACACUAUAGGCACUCUGACCACUUUAGUGUAUUGAAGUGGUUUGGGUGCAUUGUCCCUGGUCCCUUAACCCUGCAAUAAUUGUUAUUGCAGUUUUUGAUCAAAUGCAAUAAUUGCCUUGGAGGAUUAACUCCACCUCUAUUGGCUCUCUACCUGACUUUCGGGUGGUUAGGCGACUUUUGGUUGCCUAACUGACACUGGACGUCCUCACACUCUGCAUGAGGACGUUCAUCACCAAAACCCCAUAGGAAAACAUUAUUAUACAAUGCUUGCCUAUAGAGGAAGUCCUAAUGAGAGCCACAUAUGCACAUUAGGUCCUCCCAUACUGGCUGAUGUUGACGGAGGAAGAGCGGAGCCUGAAUCAGCGCUUAGCGACAUUGGCGCUGGAAUCAGAAAUGUGACUGAAGGGGUUUUUAACCAGGGAGGGGGGCACUAUUGGGGGCCAUAGUGCCAAGAAAACAACUUUGUUGGAACUAUAGUUUCCCUUUAAACACUGACCACAAAUUAAAGGGCCCUCUUUAUCCAACGUGUUUAUCAGAAUGAAUUGUCUUGAUUUAUCUUUAGUACUGUGCUGCUAAAUAUGAUGCUGGUAACUAUUCUCUGAGCCACACGAGUUCUUUUAUAACUUCUCUAGUAACCUUGCACCUAAUAGUGAAAAUAGUAAUUCUGAGAAAUGCAAGCACUUGCAUCAUUCAGUGCUGAAUGCAGGAAGAAUCUAUAUUUAGUUUAUGGAAAUAGUACAAAGAACAGAGGACUGUAGCCACAUGCAGCUGGCCGACGUACAGUUGGUACAUCAACCUGUGUGAUUCUCCUCACCCUCACAGUUGGAUUCAAGUCUCAUUGCAAUCUGUAUGUUCAUGCUUUAUUUUAAUUUAUUUUGACCGAUUGUAAGAUCUGCUGGGCAUGGCCCUCUUCACCCACUGUUCCAUAUGUUUGAUGUGUUUUCUUAGCUAAAUGCUUGUCUUGUUUAUGUAUUGUACAGCCCGGCAGAAUACGUUGUCACUAUAUAAAUUGUAAAUAAUGAAAUACAGCAUGCUCCCAAGUGACAUUUCUAUAUUUUACCUUGGAGAAAUAAUAGUAACACGUGCUCAGAAUUUGGGAUACUAUCCAAUGCCUAGGACAACAGUAUGCAAAUGAAAACUUGGCAAUAUGGGCACCAGGCAGUGUGCUAUUUAUGUGCCCAAAACGUCGCCUGAGAGGGGAUAUGAUAACAUUAUACAAAUAUAUUCGGGGCCAAUACAAACCAUUACGUGGAAAUCUAUUCACAAACCUGACUUUACAUAGGACACAGGGCCAUGCGUUUAGAUUGGAAGAAAGAAGAUUUCGUCUAAGGCAAAGGAAAGGUUUUUUUACUGUAAGAACAAUCAGGAUGUGGAAUUCUCUGCCUGAAGAAGUGGUUUUAUCAGAGUCCAUACAGAUGUUCAAACGGCUACUAGAUGCAUACCUGCAAAAACAGAAUAUUCAAGGAUAUAAUCUUUCAAUGUAGGGUAAUAACUGCUUGAUCCAAGGAUAAAUCUGACUGCCAUUCUGGGGUCAAGAAGGAAUUUUUUUCCUAGCGUGUUGCAAAAUUGUGCUUCAAACUGGGUUUUUUUGCCUUCUUUUGGAUCAACAGCAAAAAACAAAUGUGAGGAAGGCUGAACUUGAUGGACGCAAGUCUCUUUUCAGCUAUAUAACUAUGUAACACUUCAGUCCUUUUGCAGGAAUUGUGUAUAGAGAUCUAGAGGACCAGGCCCACUCCUGUCAAUCCAGAUCUUGUCCAACCACAAACAAAAAUGGACAAUUUAUGCAACUUGUCAUUACUCCAUUUUAUCCAAUAGACCUCAAGGACUUAAAAUGUAGCUAUUUAGCAACACAGGAUGAAACUUUCUUAAUUAUGAUUUCUUUAAAGUCUCUACUGUAUUUUGGUUACUAUGUUUGUGUAAGGUGAGAAUCCAAUUACCAUUUUUCUGAAAAGCAGACUACGCUACUUUCCAGAAAUCGCUAUUCAAGUGUAAUAACUGGCGAAUGGUGUAAGGACUGUGAACUAAUCAAUUAUUCAGUGCAGGUUCCACUGGCAAAAUAUCAGUUAUCUCUGACACGCUGCCAGUGGCUUCAAUUUCCAUUGUUUAAUGUGUUUUGAAUGGAAUUGGAUUUAAGUGUAAACACUUAUUUAUUUUGCUGUAUAAAUAUUUUCCCAUUGUCUAAAAUAACAUUAGAUGGACUGUAUUUGUAUCUCAUGUUCUCUAUAUAUUUUCUUUAGCAAUGAUGUUAUUUUGAGAAGCCAAAGCAAUAAUUAAAGAAGACACAUUAUUACUUUGAUUUGCUUUACAAAAACAUCUUAAAACAUUUCAGCAAGGUCGUUAAAGGAAUGCUCCAAUUAAAACCCAUUUAAAAAAAUAAAUAAAGGGGUGUUUGUUAGGGUGCUUAUGUAUACAGGAAACCCACUGGUUGUCUCGACAGCUGGGAGUGUCACUUCGGCGAUUUGUAAAAGUGAUGAAUUCUCUUGAACUAGGCACUUUUUUUAGAACUCAAGUCUGCUUUAAUUCCUAAAUGUCCGAUCAUUGUUUUCAGUUACACUGCACAGUGUAAUUAAUGCACAUGUUUUUUUAAAGAUUGUCCUGAUGUCUUCUCAGGUGCAUCUAUUACACCGAUUUUUUUUUUUUUAUUGAUUUUUUUUUAAAUAUAGUUAUUGUAACAUUUAGAAUGUUUGCCACAUAUUUGUGAAUUACUGUAGUUUCUACAUUUCUCGAGUGCCCGAGUUAGCAGGGACGGUGUUAAGACAAUUCCGGCUCUUGUUCCUUGGCUCCUGUGUGCUGGUUUGUUGAGCCAGCCAUUAUAUUUAACAGAGAUGUGGUUGGAAACAUUGGAUUUUGAAUUGGGAAAACACAGCUGUCAGUGUUAGAGCUGCCUUGAUGGAUGGAAAGAAACUUGUUUUAGAUUUUAAAUGUACUAUGUUUUGAUGGAGCACAGCAGGGGUCAACAGGAACAUUUUUACAAAGCCACAAAUCACCCAGUGGCCCCCACUGUGGUGGACAUAAAAUUCAGCAAGAGCAGAGACCUAUUUUCCACUUUGCUGAAUUAUAAAUUCGCUUUUUCAACUGGUCUGGUUUUUGUUUUUGUUUGUAUUGUUUGUGUGUGUGUGUGUGUGUAAGAUUCUUUAUUUGAAGUCCCUAUCUAUCACUGUUUUGUAUAUUCUGCUAAAUUUUUGAAUGUCUUUUCUGAGAGUUGGGUUUUUUAUGUGUUUGGUAGGUAUACCUCACUAAUAUGGUGGGUACCCGACCAUCGAUUUAAAGUUAUUCUGUGGGGCGAGAGGGUCCGUCCCACACCCCCCUCCCUUUUUUUUUUUUUUCUCUUCGUGUGUGUCAAGAUCCUGACAAAAGUUUGGGCAUCAAACUGAAACAUUGAUUUUUACUUGAGCAAAGAAAAGCCAAGUUCAUUUUCAAAAGUCAUUGGAUUUAUACUUAGGCUGACAAGCACACUGUGGAUGAAGAGUGCAAAAUCUUUGACCAAAAAUAUGUAAAAAUAAUAUAACCAUGCUACCACCAUAUGUAUUGCUAACCAGAAAAUAGAUUCAUUAUCUGGCUGCAAACUGAAAAUCGCUGUAUUUGAAAGCGCUGUACAGUGAAUUAUUGUGUAGAGCGGUAUUACUAUACAUAAAAUGGUGCCCACAGAAGUGUGCCAGUGGUAACUUUGAUAUUUUCUUCUGCCUAGGAAGAGAUAAUUGGGUUAAAACAAAGCAGAGACCUAAACACCCUUGACAGCCAUUGGGAUUUUCAUUGGUCAAAGUUUCCAAGCUCCACUUGGGUUCCCCAUUACAUGUUGUUAAAUUUAAAACGCUGCAUUCAUAUAAAGCUCUGGUAUAUGGAUGUAGCUAUAUACGUUAUGCACAAAUUCAAAACUCAAUAAGGAGACCGUGAAAAAGCUGCAAUUCUUGGAAACUAUCAAUAAAUCUGAAAGAGAAUAUAUCAAUGUGUGUGUCUAUAUUUAAAUCUAUUAAUAAUCUAGUCCUUGCUGGAUAAAGCACACUUUUUGUUAUUUAUUGGUUGAGAAGGUGAACUAUAUUAUGCCUUAUAUUUGUUUUGCUAUUUAUUUAGGAUUUCUGUCCCUAAGUCAUGGCAGACAGAAGAUUGGAGAAUAUUUGUGAACAAGCAUGUGAUUCGCUCAGAAGGCAAGAGUAUGAGGUGGCCGUAUCCCAUUGUACAGAGGCUCUGGUGUCCCUCAGUCACUAUAAUACCAGCCCCACCACAGAGGCCAGUCAAACACACAUUAACCGUAUCAAGAUUGAGAGUCUUCUUUACAGAAUUGCCUCAUUCCUGCAACUCGUAAGUUAAACCAGUUUUCUUUUAUUUCAUUUUUAUUGGGCUCCGAACUCGUGCCUUCCCAAAAACCACUGUUACGCCAUGUUAGACAAGCAGCCCACAGCUGUUGUAAAAACUUAACUACCACAAUGCUUUGCUCGGCCCAAAGGCUGACAUAAGGCCAUGCAACUGUUACAAAAACUGAUUAUCAGUUGGCCAUCUGUGUUAUCAUGUCACCGAUCUUUUAGGAAAAUAAAAUGUUACAUUUGGAUUUUUUUUUUUAAAACCAAAACGAUGGAUUUAUAAUGUACCGCUUGUAGAAGUGGUUAUGAUACAUGAAGCCUUUUGGUGUCGUCCUCCCAUCUCCUGUCAAAUAAUUUUUGAGUAGUUUAAAAAACGGGACCCACUUUGCUCGUAGUUCAUAAUUUGAUGUAAAACCGAGCUUUUAAUCACUCAAGAUAAUUGCUAUUUAAAAAAAAAAAAAGAAUGGGGCCCUCUUAAAAACCACCCUCGAUUGCUGCUUAAAUAAUGAGGAAGUUAUACUUGUGAAGGAAUAGUCCAAAACUGUCCAACCUGGGAUGGCAGUGAUAACAAAUAAAAUUAAUACUUAAAAUUUUUAAAAAAUCAAAUAAAAAAUAGUGUGUGUGUGUGUGUGUGUGUGUGUAUGAUCCACCGAUAUUUGACGGGAUAUUGGUGGGCUUAACACUGUAUGGCCAUAUGAUGGACCUGAAUUAAAGGGACACUAUAAUCACCAGAACAACUACAGCUUAAUGUAGCCCUUCAGGCAUUUCAUGUAAACACUGCCUUUUCAAAGAAAUUGCCCAUAGGGACACCUCCCAAGUGGCCACUCCUCAGAUGGCCACUGGAGGGGCUUUCUGGCUCAGGGCUGCACAGUAAGCGCUGGAAAUAAGGUGAGUUUUAAACUUUUACAGGAGAGCUAAGGGGGGGGGGAGGUCAGGAAUACAUGUUUGUGAUCCUUUAAAUCAUCAUAUUUGUUUGCGGAGAGAGAUGAUUUUAAGGAGCCUUGUAAAUGGAAAAACAAUUUUUUGGUUUGCCACCAACUUCUUUUUAUAUAUACACUGAUUAGCCACAACAUUUAAAACCAGACAGAUGAAGUGAAUAACGUUGAUUUAUAUCGUUACAAUAGCAAAUGUCAAGGGGUGGGGUAUAUUGGGCAGAAAGUAAACAGUUUGUUCUUGAAUUUAUUGUGUUGGAAGCAGGAAAAUGGGCAAGGGAAAAGAUCUGCGUGACCUUGACUAGGAUCAAAUAGUGAUGGCUAGACGACUGGGUCAGAGCAUCUACAAAACGCCAAGACUUGUUCGGUGUUCAAUGGCAGUAUGCAGUGGUUAGUGCCUACCAAAAGUGGUGCAAGAAAGGUCAAUAAUAAAAUGUAUUACUGCAUAAGCGGUUAACAGAAAUAACACUAAUGAGAUGUCUGUCUGGGAAGAAAACACAUCAAGUUUCUUCAAGAAAAGUACUGAAUACAUCUGAAAAGAAGGAAACAAAAUAUAUAUAAAUAGUUAUAGCACAGCUGCCUAUUGAUUUAACAUUGCUUUGUAGUAAUUACUAACUACAUCAGAAGAGUGCUGAAACCUCUUUAAGUCAUGUCUCAGGAGUAAACCAUUAAGUAGGGGCUUUGCUUUUUGCUUGGGAGGUCUUCAAAAAAAAUGCUAUAGUAAAAUUAUCUAUCAAAAGUUUACAUAGAAAUCUGGGAACUCUGGGAUAGCUGUGGAAGCCUUAUUUUACAAAUUUGUGUCCAAGGAGGACUUCUCAUAGUACGACUUUAUAUCCAGGUGAUGCAUAACUGUAAUUAUUUAUGUGUUUGUGUAUGUGUAUAUCAUUAGAUAUUAGAUUAUAUUUUUUUGUCAUGUAAGUACAAUCUACAACUUUCUCUUCUUAUAGAAAAAUUAUGACCAAGCUGAUGAAGACUGUAAGCUGGGUAAGUUUUUCUCUGCAUUUGCAUUUUGUUUAUUACUGAUUACUGUAAUAUUUGUAUAUAUUACAGUGGCAUCUUUAGCGUUGUAAGACAUGCAGUGUUUUCAGGGGUAUCCUGUUUGCUACUGAAUACAUUCCUUACUUUGCAACCUUGUGUUCUUGACCCCGUUUUUCUCCAGCCUUCUGGAAUUAACAAGAUCUAUAUUAUACAUGUGCAAAAAUAUUAAGUUAUGGUCAAAAUAAUAAAAUUGGAGUUAAUUGAACGAAUCCGUUCUGAAAACUUGGCUGGUUCACAAACUACCUGUAUAUACUAGAGUAUAAGUCGACCCGAAUGGAAGUCUAGACCCCUAAUUUUACCCCCAAAAAACUGGGAAAACGUAUUGACUAGGGUGGGAAAUGCAGCAGCUACUGGUACAUUUCUACAUAAAAUUAGAUCCCCCAAAAAUUAUGUUAAUUGAAUAUUGAUUUACAGUGUGUGUAUAUAAUGAAUGCAGAGUGUGUGUGUGUGUGUGUAUAUAUAAUGAAUGCAGUGUGUGUGUGUGUAUAUAUAAUGAAUGCAGUGUGUGUAUAUAUAAUGAAUGCAGUGUGUGUAUAUAUAAUGAAUGCAGAGUGUGUGUGUGUAUGUAUAUAAUGAAUGCAGAGUGUGUGUGUGUAUGUAUAUAAUGAAUGCAGAGUGUGUGUGUGUGUAUAUAUAAUGAAUGCAGUGUGUGUAUAUAUAAUAUGAAUGCAGUGUGUGUGUAUAUAUAAUGAAUGCAGUGUGUGUGUAUAUAUAAUGAAUGCAGUGUGUGUAUAUAUAAUGAAUGCAGUGUGUGUGUGUGUGUGUAUGUGUAUAUAUAUAUAUAUAUAUAUAUAUAUAUGUAUAUAUAUAUAUAUAUAUAUAUAUAUAUAUAUAUAUAUAUAUAUAUAUAUAUAUAUAAUGAAUGCAGUGUGUGUGUGUUACAGAGCCUUGGUGGGCAUUUUUAUUUUUUUAAUUAUUAUUAUUUUAAUAUUCUUUAAAUUAUUAUUUAUAUUUUUUUCGUCCCCCCUCCCUGCUUGUUAGCUGGCCAGGGAGGGGGGGCUCUCACGCCCUGGUCGUCCAAUGGAUGGGCUGUGUAGGAGGGGGCUGGCAGAGAGCUGUAACUUACCUUUCCUGCAGCUCCUGUCUGCUCCCUUCUCUCUCUCCUCCGGUCCGGUCAGCUCCCUUGUAAGUCUCGUGGUGUGAGUGCUGCGCGGAGCGUUGCCACGGUAACGCGUGGCAACACUCUGACCCCGCGGCUCUUGCGAGAUUUACAGUGGAGCUGACAGGGGAGCUGACCGGAACGGAGGAGAGAGAAGGGAGCUGACAGGAGCUGCAGGAAAGGUAAGUUACAGCUCUCUGCCAGCCCCCAACAGGAAGUUGUAAUGUAAGUUGCCAUAAUACAGACAUUGACUCAAGUAUAAGACGAGUGGGGGGUUUUCAGCACAAAAAAUGUGCAGAAAAACUCGUCUUAUACUCGAGUAUAUACGGUAACUGAAUUAGAAUCAUCCAAAUUAAAAUCCUUUUAAACUGAAAUUUCAGAAACCUUUUUUUUCCCUCUAUUGCCAGGAAUUUAGUUCAAAAUCACUUAAAACACAUUUUUACACAUGUCUAAUAUAUCGGAACCACUUUUUGUCAGUGGUUGAUUUACAAACAAAUGCGUAGAUCAUCAGAAAGGUCUUGGCAUUGCCCUCUACUGAAUCUUUGUGACUUCUGAAUUCAUCCUUAUAAAUAGAAUAUAAUUAGUCCAGUUAACACAUUUCAUGUCCAUACCACUGUGAGCCAUCUUUUCUGACUUUAGGAUAGCUGCAUCAGAUUGUAUGAACACUUGUAAUUGACUAGCAUUUGGCCCUGUAGACAUGUUGAUACAAGUAUUUCCAUUUAUCCACUGAGUGCUAUAGUCCUUCUGUGAAAUAUGAGCAUUUACCCAAAGCUUCUCAUGCAGUUAUAGCACAAUUUAAGGUCAAUCUGAAUGGAUUGCUGGCUUUGGACUAUAUGUUUCUUUAGUCUGCAGGGUGUAUAUAGUGCGUUACACCCAUGUAUGUAAUGUACAUAUUAGGCCACAUUGAUAUUACCAGAGGAUGGAGCCAAUAACUUUUUAUUUUCUUCUGAUCAAUUUGUUUCAGAUUUUUCCUAUCACGACGUAUUGACUACAUAUUCAUGGUCUGCAAGGUCACUUCUAAUAAACAUAAUUGAGGCAGUGUAUAUAAAGAGAGAUGAGCGUAACGUUUAUGUAAACUGGUACGCUUGCACCAAGGUCCUACAUUGCACACACAAAUGUAGAUGUAGAAAGAUAAUCAGAAAACGAACUCAAGGUCUGAACGGUCUCUCCACCAAGGUGUUCACUGUGAACCAGAUAUUUCAUCUGUAGAAACGUGAAUCACCUUGAGGUUUUUAAAACGUGUUUUAUUUUUAAAACCCAAGGAAGCCCCACAAACUUAAAUGUGACUUAAUGUUUAAAGCUAGUAAUGUAGGGGAAUCUCUUAAACUGUCAUCACCCCCAAAAUGUUGGGAGUAAGAAGGGUUUUGCAUUAUAUCAUGGACGUGUCACAAGGUCCCAUUAUUCCGCUAUGAUACCCUGUCUUUUUUUUUCCCUUUUUUUUCAUAACAUAGAUAAAGAAUGCCCAUGGGCAUGCAUUUGCUCCUAAAGCACAGUGCUUCUCGAAAUAAAGUAAAUGCACCCAUCACACUUUAAAUAGAACCAGAAGUUAGUGAUCAUUCCUUGUUAAUAGCCCAUGCAGCUUGUGGUAUAGCCAAUAACUUCUAGUGAAAUAUCAGCCUGCAUGCAGUGGUAAUGGCGUAUUUAUUGAUUUCAUGUUUUAAUGCAGUUUUGGGGCCUAGUCACGUGCGCCUGGAUGGAUCUGUCCAUGCCGUGCUGUGCUGCAUGCACAUGGAAGGGAAGCUGCAGAUUUUAUCCAGCGUACUUUCCAAGUCCCUUGCUGGGGAGACACUGGUAAGUUGGGGUAAACAUACAGAAGUGGAUCGCUUUUCUCAUAACAAAUCUUUUAUAUUUUUUUUAAAAAAAAUUUGGCAUUAAGUUGAGAAUUAAAAUGUUCAUGUGCCAAUCUUGUACAGCUCUAGUUGUCUUUACCUACUUGAUCUACCGCUUCCUUAUUAAACAAGUUUUCCCCUUAACCAUACAUGGUAAUGCUGUGUACCCCGCUACAUAAACUACGUAGUUUGUUAGAGAUUCGUAGACUACAUUACAUUACCACUUUUUGAGUAACAUCCAUCCACUUGUAGCAGAGGAUGUGUGCAGAUAGAUUCUUUCUCUAAUUGGGCUACUGUUCCCAUUAAUUACCCUAGCUUGUAGUAUAGUCCUUCAUGAGUCUCCAGUCUUGUGGCGUGACUCUUUACGUGUUUUUUAGAUGUAUUUUAUUUUUUCUUUUUUUUCUUGAUAAAAUAUAUAUAUAUCUCUAUCUUCUGGAUUCUAUGGAUUUUUUUGCUAGUUCCUGCAUGUAUUAUGCCUUUUAAACAUCUACUGUUGACUGUAAGGUUAAUCUCUGUUUCCCCUUAUGGAAAGCUGCAAUGAAUGCAUUGUGUAGCUAACAGAAUAAAAUCUAGUAUUUGCUGUUAAUCGAUGAUUUGUGUGGCGUUCAUUGUUUUCACAGCUUUAAGUGACUCCACAUUGGAGUGUAACAUAUGUAAAUGUUAGCAUCAUGUAGUAUCCCUGCAAUCUACCAGUAUAUUUUCUGGGCUUUAUAAAUUAUAGAUAACCAGACAGACACUUAAAAAUGUAGCAUGGUAAAAUCAAGUGUCUGCAAUUCUACAAUUGUUCUUGGGUAUCCACAAAAUUCUUAGUAAAUAUAUUUUAUUCGCACACAGGUCACACCUUCCCAUGUGUUUUUUUUUUUCAUACACAUGCAUGCUAGUUGACACUUUCUAAUCUUUUUCUGCCACAUUGAGACUUCUCUCCAUUUAGUUAUUUUCUACUUUUUAUUUUUUAGAAUGGGAUGGUAACCAAGGAUCUAACGAGAUUAAAGACCCUUCUGGCUGAAAUUGAGGUGAGUUGGUAUAAAUGCAUUGGGUGGUGUAAACUCUGGUAUUCUGUGAUAGUCCACUGACGGCACUAUGCUAUAACCUCUGGUAACACAAAUGUUUUGCUGUAUGUAGUCAGAGUAUCUUGCAGUCUGUUCACAAAAUGUAGUGCUCAGUGUUAAGAAUUUUGUCCUCGUAUGAUUGUUUUUAGUUUAAUUUAGUUCUGCUGUUUUCAGGAUAUUUGGCACUUAUUACCCCAUAGAUUAGACUCUGCAGAAUUCUGUGAUAAGUCUGUAUAGAGCUGCAUCGUUCACUGUAAACAAAAGGCUAUGUGAAUAGCUAGCAACAAAAAGAAAAGAUACUGCAAGUUCUCAGUGCAUAAAUACCCCUGAGGCUUGCUGCAUUGCCUGAAAAUCAAAAUAUAGCUGUGUAGUCCUAUAAAUAAACUGGCUAAUGAUAUAAAGACUACUAGAAAUCAGAUAUAGCUAAUAAUGAGUGCAUACAUAAUGUAUAAUCCUAUAAAGGUGAUACUGAUACUCCCAUGUCCCCCAGAUUACAAAAUCCCAUAGAUAGAUAUCUAAAGUUCAUAAAAACUGAACAAGCAGCCCUAUCUCUAUAACCACUUUAUUAGAAAAAAUAUAUACUGAAUAGGGAUGAGUCCAGUAAAAGAAAAAAAAAAAUAUAUGUAAAUAGAAGAUACCUAGAACAGGACUGUCUCUGGGUACACACUCCUAAGUCCUGACUAAUAUCCAUAGGCUGAGUAUUGUAAUUGUAUAAAUGCAAAAAAAGACCUUUAUCUGAAACAGGGGCAAUAUUUGUCAAGGAUACAAAACUCCUCCAGUUACAUACAGGAAAGGAUUAGGUAUAGAGCACAGAGAGAGAAGAAAGAUAAUAAAUCAAAUGUUCAGUUUCUAAGAAACUGACAGUAUAUAAUUAAGAAGCCUCUCUCCCUGUUAAACUAACUAAAAAGACAUAGGAGCAGAGAUAAAGAAGUGAAAAGUAUAUUAAACAGAAAAAAAUCCCAUAGAAUUAGUGACAAUCAUGGUGCUAUGUACACCAGUGCUCAUAAAAUAUGAGAAAAACGCCCGACGCGCGUUUCGGUGCCUUAAGAGAUGCACCUUCGUCAGGGGCCGGGCCAGGCCAGAUCUCCGUUUCUUCUUUUUUUGUUUGUUCUAUGUGAAUAGCUGCAUCGUUCACUAUAAACAAAAGGCAGUGUGGAGAGCUGCAUCGUUAACCCCUUAAGGACGCAUGACAGACCCAGUCUGUCAUGCUGGGGAAGCACUUAACGACGCAUGAUGGACUGGUUCUGUCGUGCGCCAAAAUUAACCCCAGAUCGCCGCGAUCACUGGGUUAACACUCCUCAGGUGAGGCACACCGGGAGCACCAGAUCGCCCUGUCCCUGCAGCUGUGAUUGCUCGGGGGUUCAAUUAUUUAAUUUAUUAAUUUAAAUAUUUUAAAAUGAUAUAUUUUGCUAGCUGGGGUGGGUGGGAGUUAUGGGGAAUUGGGGAAUUUACUGUUAGGCAGUCAAGGGCAGAACCAAAGAGAGAGAUGACUGUUUCAAAAGAGACCUGAAUGCCUCCUACAAUCUGGUUUUUAUUCAGUGUAAGUAGCUUGCCAGAAGCACAUGGAUUCCUAUACGCUGCCCCUAGUGGUGCCUCCAAAGCAUUACACUAACUAUGCUUUCUUUAUGAUGUAAAGUCAUUAAAGGGACACUCCAGGCACCGAGACCACUUCUGCCCAUUGGAGUGGUCUGGGUGCCAACUCCCACUACCCUUAACCCUGCAAGUGUAAUUGCAGUUUUUUAUAAACUGCAAUAAUUACCUUGCUGGGUUAACUCCACCUCUAGUGGCUGUCUACUAGACAGCCACUAGAGGGCACUUCCUGGUUUCUAGCACAGGAAACCUGUGCUAGAGCGUCGCUGGACGUCCUCACACUGUGUGAGGACCUCCAGCAUCGCUCAUUUCCCCACAGGAAAGCAUUGAAAUGCAUUUUCAAUGCUUUCCUAUGGGGAGUGCUAAUGCGCAUGCGCGGCACAAUGCGGAGGAGGAAGCAGCGACGAGGGACAUCGUCUCUGCCUCAGGUAAGUUACUGAAGGUUAUUGAUUGUUUUCCUGGCACUGGAGUUUCCCUUUAAUAAAUACCAUUACAGUGCUGCUUACUGCUAGUUAGGGGUUAACCGUAAAAAAAAAAAAAAAAAUAUAUAUAUAUAUAUAUAUAUAUAUAUAUAUAUAUAUAUAUAUAUAUAUAUAUAUAUAUAUAUAUAUAUAAAAAUUAAGUGUAAAAAAGAAAAAAAAAAAAGUUUCAAGAAAGUAAAAAAAAAAAAUGUGAAAAAAUACAUUAUAAAAUGCUCAUUACCACUACACCUGGAACAUACUAAAAUGAUCCCACGCUAAGGUUCAAAAUAUGCUGUUAAGACACUCCCAGCUUAAAUGAGUGAAACCGCCGUUUAGUUGCUCUUCCCCCUUUUGAGACACAGGCUCUGGUGCUGUAGACCGCCAAACUCCCGAAUGGAGUAUAAGGGAAUCUUCCAAAUUCCCAAACAAAGAAUCAGCCGAACUCCUUCUCUCUUAGAAUAGGCGAAAUAAUACUUCCAAGUAGCAAUCCCCCCAAACACGAGACCAAGCUCCGUCUUGAGUUUAAAACCGGAAUCUGCUUUAAUGAGGGCUACCUGCCCGGUAUUUAUGCAGGUCUCCCACCUGGUUGACACUCCCCUAGGGGACCAGAUGGGAGACUGGGACACACAAUGUACAGUAGCCAAUCACAGUGGCUUGGCUAUAAACAAGUAAAUGUUUGCACAAGUAAAUCCCUCCUCUCUAUCCUGGAGAUAAUUGGGAAGAAAUCCAAUUCUCUCCAGGGAUAGAGACAAACCGCCAUUUUACAUAGUAUAUUAACACAUAAAAAUCCGUAACUGUAAAACUACCGAAUGCUUUUAGUUCGUGUAACGUAUCCCCAGAUAGCCUGGGUCUGAGCACACAUUACUACCAAAUAGCGCUCAGACCCAAUGCACACGGUUCAAUCGCCAUGGAGUCAAAAUCUUUCACAUUGUUCUUUCGGUAUACGAUUGACUCCAUGGGACGACUAUCUGGGAUAAAUCCAUUCGUGUAAUAAAAGUCCCGAACGGACCGGCGUUCGCAUGCCCGUGGAUAAGAAGGGCGGUCGGCAGUUUCAGCGGUGUUCGGUAGAAAAAGUGUCCGUUUUUAGUAGAAUAGUUUGAGUGGCGAACACCGCUGUGCAUUCGCGUGGUUAAAAUGGACGCUGCCUCGUGGUCGACAUGCGAACGACGACCACUCUGCAAUCGGUUCUAAUCAAGAGGUGUCUGCGGUUAACCACGACGUUCUAAUUGAGGCCAAUAGGUUAACCAGCAGCACACUUCUCCUCUGGGUGGUCGUCCGUUCGGUAGUUUUAUUUGUUAUAAUCUGAAAUAGACGAGCAGGGACGUACGGGCAGGUAAUUCCACGAAAGUAUAACAAUUAGACGAACCAGCAGAUAGAACUUAGACAGAUGGAUCUGUCACAUAUGCCUUUUGAAUUACACCGGGGUGUGUUCUUUAAUAAAUAGUAUGUGUUUGUGGGGUAGUUUGAAUAACCAACCAGCUAAACUACUCUAAAAUGAAACAUGGACUCAGCGAAAAACUUCAAAGUUAAAAAAAACAAAAAAAAAAAAACCUGGAAUGGCUGUGUCUCAAAUGUGCUCCUUCAAUAUCCACACAUACCUGGCAAAGGUACAUAAGUGGGUAUUGCUGUACUCAGCCGACAUAGCUGAGCAACAUAUGAAGUAUUAUACAGUCGUAACACACAUAAGGUUUGCAAAAUAUACUGUGCAAACUCACUUUGUGUGUCAAAAAGGCAGAAAAAAUGCGGAUUACCACUACACUUGGUACAAUCUAGUGUAAAAAUGAUCCCACGCUAAGGUUCAAAAUAUGCCUUUUGAAAUACCCUGGGAUGUCUUCCUUAAGAAAUGGUAUGCAUUUAUGGUGUAGUUGGAAUAUGUAGCCUGCUCAAGUGGGACACAGACUCAUCAAAACCUUCCAUGAAAAUUCACACUUAGAAACCUGAACAUAACCAGUCUUUUUUUUUAUUUAUUUUUUCCUUUUCUUUUUUUCUUUUUAUAUAUUCUUUCUUUUAGGCAGCGCAAAGUAUAACAGACUUAGUGGUUCAAACAUUUCACAAGAGUAUACAUAUCAAUGUUAAAGAGCAGGAUAGGAAAUGUCUAUGAUGCUGCACUAUGUUAUAUGUAAUUGAGAGAAUCAAGGCAAGGCACAGCUCUAAUAUAGGCUAAACAGAGUAGAUUUGGAGGUUUCAGAACUAUAGAAUGGUGGGUGCGUGUUCCACCCGAAGGCCCUGUGAGCUAACUCGAGAGCAACGAGAUGCCGGUAUGAGAACCGCCAGUGCCCUCAUCAGAAGCACAUUAUGCUCACUCAUCUCUGGUGCCUGAUUAGUCAAAGGGCAGCUGUUAAGCAUAUGGCAUAGCCACCCCUGCCCCACACAUACAUUGGCAGUGGCUUCAAGAUUCACCUUUAGCCUACACAUCGCCAGUGUUAAAUUAGUUAAAUGGCUUCUCUCAUUUGUAUCGCAUGGCCUCCCCUGUCCCGCAAAUAUGUUGAUAAUUAAUGAAGAGAAACAAAGUAAAUACUCAACAGGUUCUAAGAUUAUACGUGGUGGACAGGUGCCAUGUCAGAGAGAUAAAGUCCCUGUCUCCAUUCAGCCGAUGCCCUGCAGCGGUAAAGCUUAGUCUCUGCAUAGUAGGCUUUUCAGGCUUGGUGGCACCAGAGAGUAUCUGUGAUUGUAACUUGAGCCCUGCAGUAUGUGCCCUGGCCGGCUCUCUGCGCUCCAUGCUUGUGGGGAGUCGAGCUUGCGGGGGGGCCAGCUUUUGUGACGGUGCACUGCGGAAUCCAUGGUAGCUGUUCUCGGCUAUGUUUAUGCUGUGUCCGGCAGGUCGCUGAUGCUCCGCUCGGGUCCGGUCUGGACACGGGUAUAACUUGCGUGGUGGAUGUGGUCUUGCUCUCCCCAUCUUGCAGCGAUACACUCCCCUCCGCCUUCCUCUGGCACAUCUUGGGGCCGGAACCCGUGCUGUGCGCUGGUGCUGUGCUUGUGGAAUCUGGUGUGAGACCUGAGACUCCUGGCGUGCAGGGUACUGCUGUCGUUGUCCGCUUCAGCCUGAAGUUGGCAAAGAGAUUGUCUAGCCAAGACAUAAGGGGGCUCAUGGCAUCCUCCAUUUUAGAGUAACCUCCUUCAGACGUGUCCGGCAUCUCCUUAGCUUGGUCGCGUAGGGCCUCCGACUAGACGGUUCGAGGUGGAGUUCAAGUUUGGAGCUCAAGUGAAAUGCGUCUAUUCGCCAUCUUGUUCAGGCCCCGUCCCCCGUCCCGUCUCUUUUACAGCACUGUAACUUCACAAAAUAGUGUCCAGGUCAUACAAUGGGGGUAUCGUUAUACUCAGAUGUAGCUGACCAUAAUAUUGGGUUCUGUGUAGGAAUGGCACACACCAGCUUUACAAAAUACAUAUUACAAAAACCUUGUUAUAUGUAUAGAUGCCAAAAUAAAGAAAAAACACAAUUUCACUCCAAUAUUUAGCAGAGAUUGGUAAUGAAAUGGCUAUGUAAAAAUUGUCAAAAUAACCUUAGGUAAAUAGCCUGUGAUGUUUACUUUAUGUAAAUAUAUACUUUUGUGUGGCAAUUUUGUUUUCUGUGAUGGCUACUAAACCUAUAAGACAAACAUACCAACCUCUAAAAUAGUUUCACAUUGAAAUUAUGUGACCUGUAACUAAAUAAGUUGAAAUCCUACACAUAUUAUGUACUCUAUAAAUUAAUUUAUUUUGAAUUACAUUUUUUAAGCUGGACAUAUUAUGCACACGCUAUUAUUGCCAAAACUGUGGGCAAAAAAAUGUCUAGUUCCCCUUUCCCUGCGACUUUUUAAUUAUUUUUUUUUUUUUAUAUAUAUAUUUAAUGAGAAUUUAUCGACUUAUAUGUUGCAUCAAAUUAAAGCCCCCUUUGCCCUCUUAAAAAAACUGUAUAUAAUGGUUUACUAUAAACAAAAGACAAUUUGGAGUGAUGCAUGGUUCAGUGUGUGAACAGAUGAGAGAUAUAUAUUUUAAAUGGAAUGCAUAAUUUAAUCUAAACACUUUGAUCUCUAACUGGAUUUUUCUUGGUUUAUUUUGUGUAACGUUUCAAUUGGUUGGGCUUAUCAAGCAACACCCUGCUGCAUAGUUCAUUUAAUAUGUAAUCUCAUAAAUUCUAAUGUAACUUUCCAGAAAGUGUUUUCAUAUCUUUUUUUUUUUUUCUAUUCUUCCCUUCCCCCCGCCCCCCCUCUCAAAUAUGUGGUCACAGACGGCUAGCAACACUGUCCGGUCCAGUUACCACACAGAGGAUCUGGAAGAUGGUAUGAAUUUUGUAUCUGAUUGUUUCUCUGUCAGGUGUCUGGUCGGAAGGUUAAUUUAGGGUAAUUUAUACACAUAUAUUGUAAUAUAUACACCGAUGUGCUUAAUUGUGGAUUUGAAGGUGGUGCCCCCUCCUUUCCACAACCUUAUUCAUCUUUGUGAAAAGAAGAAUGUAUCUAUUUCUCUCUCUCCUGUCCUCGUCUUUAACAGUGGAUCUUGUCAAGUAACAAGGAAUUCUGACACUGCAAGAAAAUUAUAAUAAAGCAACCACUGUUUUCUUUAACUCCACAAGCUGUGAUUAUUGGUAGUGUAUUAUCUGCCUGCAUUCCAGGUAUUUACACUGAUUGUGUGAUCUUUAUUUGCAGGGUCCCAUGAUGGAUGGCGGUUUCGCCCCCCACCGCGAGGUGUUACAAGUAGCGAAGAAUACACUCUAUGUAAAAGGUAAUAUCCGAAAUGUUCGUUGGAUUGGGUUUUCAGUGGCAGUUGUUGCUGGUUCUGUAAUUCCUCUAACACUGAAUUUUCACUGGAUACAGUUAGCAGGAAAUCUUUCUUUUCCCAUUGUUUUCUAUAAGCCAAUCAAUUUUUUCUCCUGGUAAUUCCUGAAAUGCGAAUUAACAGUGGCUGAAAGUAGGACCUUUUACUCCAAAGGGUGAAUGAAUGCUUUCUUACCUCACAAACAACUAUGAAGGUAACCAUGAAAAAUCCAGCACAAACCUUUAAAUUCCAAUGUACUUCUUUAUCGGGUACUCACAGCAAAACCGAUAACAUUUCACACUUCUGAGUCUUUGAUUAAAGUUCCCCUUAUUCUUAUAGACUGAUAUGGGCCUUCCUACGUGUGUAGGCUGAACAGGGCCUUCCUCCAUCUAAGGACUUUGGGCUCCUUUAGAGUCUGAGGACAUUCUUUCAUGUAUGGACAUCAGGUUGAUGUAUAGACUGAGUUCAAGCUGUCUAAUUAAACUAAAGCAAUUCUUUAGGGUGAGGAUGUCCAAUUGCUACCCCCAGAAUUCUCUGCAAGGCUCUUACUGGCUGAUAGUUGUGAGAAAUGUAGUCCAAAAGCAGCCAGUGUGACAGUCUGUCAGCUUUUACACAGUGGAUAAAGCAGACUAUAGCCGUUCUGGCCACUAGAAUCUUUUGCUGCCGUGAAACUGCGUUCUGGUGAGAGGCUUUUUCAUGGCUGGAUAACCUUGCAGCGCAUAUGUGACUCUAACCCAAUGUAAUUGGCAUUAUUAUUAUUAUUGCCAUUUAUAUAGCGCCAACAGAUUCCGUAGCAAUAUUGUGCAUGGCUUAUGAAGUUGCCUUGCAGGUAACUUACUAUUUGACCUCAUAUACUGAGGUUUAUUCUGAGAUGCAGAUUCCCUUUACAUAGUUUAGUCAACUUACACAGCACAAACUCUGCAUGUGUUUAAUUUAAAUAACUUUAUAUAUCAAUUGAACAGACUAGCCGGCAGGUGUCCAAGUCUUCAUUUCAGAACAUGACUUAAUCAUACAAUUUCAUUUUUCUCCAAUUUAAUCUUUUUUUUUUUUUAAUAUAUAUUUUUUUUUAUUUAUAGUGAAUCCUGUUCUAAUCAUGCUGUAAUUCUCUGCCAGGUUCCUGGAGCAAGGGAUCUGCAGGUACGGAGCACAGUGCACAUCCGCACAUUCCCAGGAAGAGCUUGAAGAAUGGCAGAAAAGAUACGCAUCACGCCUCAUCCGGCUUAAGCAGCAGAAAGAAAACACACAGUUUUCUGGCAGUUACAUGGAAACCCUGAUCGAAAAAUGGAUGAAUUCCUUAUCCCCUGAGAAAGUGGUGAGCGAUAUUGCCUUUCUUGGCUGUGAUUCGCACCCUGGGGUUUAAUUUCCCAGCUUUAGUAGAUUCAGUGGGUGAUAAUUGUGAUGGUAUUUAACGAUUAUAUGUUACAAUGGCAUUUGAGCAGUUUAAAGGAAAUUGUGUCCAAAAUGCAUGCAUAUAAUUUUUUUAAUUUUUUUAUUAUUGAGAUUUAGGGUUAUGUAUAAAAAAAAUACUUUAGUGCUGUAUUAAGGUGCCUUUAAGUCUUAAUCUUAAAGGAACACUAUAGUGUUAGGAAUACAAACCCGUGUUCCAAACAUUAUAAUGCCCCUUUCCAUUAAAACGAAUAAAAUAAAGAUUUACUCAGUUUUUCCAGCGUUGAGACUCCCUCAGCACUACUCUCAUUUCUGCCUACCGCGAUUGUCCCAUCCAAUGCUCUUUAUAGAGGAGAGUUGGAAACCUCAUGCACAUGGCAGAGUGCUGCAAGUGCAUCCAAUGCUUUCCUAUGAGCUUACACGUCACGUGACAGAAUUUAACUCGGGUAGUGGAGUGGAAGAACUAUUAGCGAUAGUCAGGAAGAUAGGUGACUUUAAUCCUGCUAUGUAAAUAUUGCAGUUUCCAAAAACCAAACCUGCAAUAUUUUACAUUGCAGGACUAAAACUAAGGGACCACUGCACCCAGAAAACUUUACGUAGAUUAAGUUGUCUAGGUAACAAUAUUGGUUCUUUAAUUGCUCGCUAGAUGUAUUUUUAGUGGAAUUUUAUAUUCCAUAUAAGCAGUUUAACAAAUAGUUACUUCACUGUUCCGUGACAUCAGAUGUAUGCAUUUUAGGCUCCACCAGAUUCUCACUGAGCAUGCUGGGAGUUGUAAUCCAACACUGCUCUCUUGCAGAUGGUCCAGCUCAGUGCUCCUCUUCUACAAAAUUGCAAAGUUUUAUGUUGCAGGGCUAAAACUGCGAGGCCAGAGCACCCAGAUCACUUCAUUGGGACUUUGGUGGUCCUUUAACUUUUUAAAGGCUAUUUUACAAUAUUAUUUUUUAAGAACACAUUUGCUUUUACAAUUCCCAUAUCUCAAGCUGAGAGGUUUCCCAUCAUGCACCUCACUCUUCCUUUCUUAUUAGCCGGCCAAGUUCUGCCAUUGAGGUUUAAUUGGUUCUAUACGGAGGAAGCUAGUAGGAGUUUAUUCAAGUCCUGAAAUUGCCCUUUAUGAAAUGCUGUGUACAGCAGGUCGGAUGAUAUCUAUUAUGGCAGAUUACUUAAAUCAAUACAAAAAUGUUUUUGCACUAGACCGUUCUAUUUUGUCGGUCAAUAGAUUAAAAUGUUGGGGGUGCCUUAUACUUGAUUAACUGCUCUGUUUACUUUUGAUGAAUAGACCCUUUAUAAACCUCCCCAAAGUUGUGAUGGAUGUAGAUCAUAAAUUCUAGGCCAAAAUAGCCAAACGAGAAAAUAUUCUAAUUUUUACAAUUCAUACCUAACAUUUUCGGUGUUCUUUCCAGUUCUUCACAUGUUGUUUUAUGAGUCUGCUUAAUAAUGUUUCAGCCACACAGACUACACAGGUAGGGUCCUUCCUCUCGCAUUCAGUUACUAAAAUUCCAGUACUUUGUGUCAGUGUACUGCUGUGUAGCGGUUAUCGUGGCUUGUUAGACAUGCAGGUACAGUAUGUGAAAUUGUAUACAUGGCUACCCUGUCUGUUGUGGACAGUGCACUCACUGUUUUCUUCUUUCCUUCCAGCUCAGUGAAUUUGUGGAAGGUGUCAGAGUGGAGCACAGUCCGGAGCUGUCUGUCACAGUUACUUGUAAAAAAUCUCAUCAAACAUGGACUUUUCUGCUCACUUGCAAGGUACGUCUUAUUUACAUCAGUUUCUGGAGUUCUUUGGAGUCCACUGAUGUUCCCUUUAGAGCGGGAUCCCAUAGUUCCUAAUUACUGUAUGUAUAAUUGCCAUGUGUAUAUGUAUAUUGUGGCGGAACCAGCCUCGCGACCGGGCAUUGGAGAAGACGGAUUGCCAGCCUCCUGCUAUAGGACUAUGGCCCUGGGAUGUAUUGCUUGUUCUCCUGUACUGCUGAGGAUUGCUACCAACUAGGUGGAUUUGGCUAUGGAGCUUGUGUAGUGCCCUCUGUUGGUAGCAACAGUAAUAUGCACUACCUGAAUAGCAAGACUGGUAAUUUGCAUAUCCGGGUAGAUUUGCAUAUCGCUAAUUCUGCAUGCAGGAGACACAUUUUGUGUUAAUUAUGGUCUUCCUCACCCAUUUAUAAAUAUGUAAUUAUGUUAUAAUAAGUCACUGUAUGUUGCCUGCUAUGAUUUGACUUUGUAAUUUUAUUGAGUUAUGACAGCAAUGUUAAUGUAAUGACCAUAUGGGAUAGUCCCAAGUAAAAUUAAAGUUUUAGACAGUUCUACUUCAACCUCAAUUUGGAGUCCUGUCUCUUUCUGGGGGAAUCUGCUACAAGGGAUUGCUAUGCUCUGCAUAUUCCCUUGCUAUAAUCACUCCUAAGCUCUUUUAAGUGGUUGUGGUGUCGGCUAGAGUGCUUGGAAUCUUCAAGAAGCGCUAGGAGCAUCCAUCAAUGGAGGUACCCAGUCGGGGUGCCAGGUGAUCCGUUACAUCUAUGUCUGUCUAUAUCUAUCUCACUCGGCUGUCUUUUGGGCUCCUAGAUCCACCAUAUUUUGCAGGGCAGUUAUUGUCUUGCUGCCAUUUACUGUGUAGAUACAUGCUCAUAAUUACUAUUAACACACGUUAUACAUUAGUGAAAGUAUCUCCAUAAACUGUGAGGUUAUAAGCUUAGAAACAUGCCGUAGUUUGACUAUAUGAUAUGGUCUACCGCAUGUGAUUUUUCAAUUGAGGUCUGUUUUUAAAGUAGCCUUCAAUGAUUUGGUGUGUGCUGCUGCCUAUUUAUGGAUUUUGUGAAAACAUAGCUAAUUUAAGCAGUGCUGGAAUGUUCCAUAGUGAUGUAAAAUGUGAUUUAUUUAUUUUUGCAGUUUGUACAUAGGUUUUAAUUUAAACCUAUUUUAUUGUUGGCUUUAACAUUAACAAAUGACCAUUUAAAACCAUUUUAUUCGUAUUAAGUUAUUAAAUUCUUUCCUGAUUUCAGUGUACACAUACUUUUCAAGGUGUGAAUUGACUAUGUAUAUUUUAUGAGAGUUCUAUAUUCUUUGAAGUAACAAAUUCAUUCCACCCCGCCCCCCCCCCUUUUUUUUUUUUUGCAAAACCCUUGUGUUCUUACAGCCUGCGCGGCUCCUUCAUCGUGUGGCGUUGCUGUACGACGCACACCGACCUCAUUUCAAUAUCAUUGCAAUAUCCGUUGGAGAUGGAAACUCACAAGUGUCCCAGGAAGUCACAGAAGGUUGUCAAGAAUGGGUUGGCGAGAAGAUGGCCCAAAAUGGGAUUGACCAUUGCAUAUACAAAGUGGCGAUUGCCUUUAACACAGAGAUAUUUGGAACGUUUCGACAAACGGUGGUGUUCGAUUUUGGAGUGGAACCAGUGUUAAUGCAGCGAAUAAUGGUGGAUGCGGCUUCCACUGAAGGUAAUACGGAAAACAAACGGUUAAUGAUGUUGUGCAACUCCCAUCAGUGUUUAGCUUAAAUUAAUACUUCAGAGGAAAUACAUGCAAUUUUUUUAUUUUUUUUUUAUUUGCCAGUAUACCUACAAAACAAUUAAAUGUAAAAAUCCGUUAAACAGUCUUCCUUUAUAGUUAGACCAUUUACCUGACCUGUUUGACAUGCUGGGAGCAGUCCAGUAAAAAAAAAAAAUAAACUUCUAAAGUUUGAGAACACAAGAUCAAUAAUUUUCCCAUACAUUGUCAUGGGAGAGCAAAUUCUUUUAAUUGUGUAUUUAAGAGAAUUGACUGUUUUUUGGAGUUUUUUUUUCAUUGUUUUUUCCAUUCCCUGCAUUAAAUUACGCUAUUCGGCUGAAAUCUUUGUUAGUACCUUGAGAAACCAUUUCAAUAACCUAUGUCUGCAAGGUUUAUUUGUAUUUAACCCCUUAAGGACAGAUGACAUGUGACAUGACAUGAUUCCCUUUUAUUUCAGAAGUUUGGUCCUUAAGGGGUUAAGUUGUCUUUAGAGACUGACAUGUUAUCCCAUCUCAAAUCAUAAAAUGCUGGUGAGGUUUAUCUGCAGUACAGUCAUGCAAGGUACUCAGGACAGACCAAAUCUUGCAGUCAUCCUUCCCACGAUCUUCAAUAGAACUUGCUAUAACUUCGCAAAAUGACAGCCCACCAAGGUAGCAUGUUUUAAAACCCAAGUGCACCAUGACUUUCUUGCUCUGGAUUCCUUAAGACAUUGUAAUUGAGCUAUCGUACAUCAACCGCUCUUGUGCAUUGAAGCAGCCCUGGAGGCUUCUGGGAAAGUAGAGAGGAGUUUACUUAGAAAAAAUAAUUCUCUUCAAUGUCACCAUAGGAAGUCUUGAAGCUAUGUUAAAACACUGUUAUGCACUUUCUUGAUAUUUCAAUGUCAGGGUGGAUGCACUUGAAAUCUAAAAUCAGAAUGGCAGAAUUUAGGUUAAAAUGGCUUACUUAAUUACAUUUUUCAAGUCUGCUUUAGCCUCGGGCAUGCUAUUUUACUAAUCAAAUCCCAGAUCGCUGCAGUUUGGCGUUCAGUGAAUAAGCCCUAAAAUCCAAUUCUGUUCCAUUCCACGCUCCGACAAGUGAAGGAUAGAGUGAACAUUCUUCACAGCUUCCCCUCUGUAAAGACCAAGGGGAAAGAUCAAUGAUUUUUUUCUGUAAAUACCCCCAGUUGAAUUCUUGAUAACUGUGACAAAUUAUGCUAAAGAGCCUCGAUUUACCUUCUAGUUUCUCACUGCCUGCCAAUUGUGAUAAUACGAAGCCUCACUGUGUUUGCAGAGGUUGAUAAAUUCUGGAAUUUUAUUGAAAAAGCUUCCAGGUAAUGCAAUGAAGGCGGCAAGUUUCAUUAUUUACUUUCCCUCAGGAAAUCAGGACUUGUCGUGUGUCUGUCCCCACAGCUGCGCUAAUCAGAUAACGAAUGUUAAUUCACCUCGCUACAAACUGGGAAUGCAAAACAGACUUAUUGUGGGAAGAUGGAACAUCAUUUGCAAAGAGUAGUUGUGGAUAGAGAAAUGAUAGAUAGCAGCUCGUUAAAGGGACACUCACAGUGGAUCCAACCCAACUUUUUAUUUACUAGAUUUCCAUUAUAGAUGCGUUACUAGAUAAUGCAUUAUAAAAGUAAAACCAAUAAUUAAUUGAUGUAAAAACUACUAGCGUGUAAAGUUCCUGCACGUAAUGCGAAAUCCCUUCCAGGCUUUAGUUUCAAUUGUGAGCUUUCACCAAACAGAAGACAGCUCGGUCAAGGUCUAUACAUCAGCUUACCAAAUCCCAUAAAAUGUGCCUUAUGGGUAGAGCAAGCAUGUCUGGGAGUUUAAGUUCCAUUAGUUUUUAACAGUUCUUCUGCAGUUCCCAGAAACCUAAGUAAUCGUAUUGGUGAUAUCAUUAGAGCCAAAAGGGAUACACUGCAGUUUGAGGAAUAGACAAAAACGAAAGGAUAGUGUGAUACCAGUAUAAAAGAGAAAUAAUAAUGAUAAUUCUCCCCCUCCCUCACCCAAAUAUAGAAAACUUGCAACAUUUAACUAACUGUAACCUAUAAUGGCGUAUAUUUUGUUUGUAACAGGACCUGGUUACCGUUCGGUACCACCAAACUAUGGUCUUAUCCUAUCGGUAGCAGGGGCAUGCUGUAAUUCGAUAUUAGAUGUGGAUACUCUGCUGAUAUAAUGCUGGACACUUUCCAUCUAACACUUGUUAAGUAGGAGGUGUAUCCCUUUCCCCCUUUAUUAGGCUUUCCACCAGCUUUAUACAGUACUCUUGAGUGAUACUUUAUUACUCAUUGUCGUACAUAAUACUAUUUUCUAAUAUUGCUCAGUGCGAAACAUCCCGUGUUUCUUAUAGAGCGGCCAAAGUUGGGCUCAGUUGUUACUGUCACUAUAUCUACUGAGAUGUUUGUUUCUUUGGUAUCCUAUUGGUCAGUGUUAUAGCUACACUUAGACCUUAUGAUUGACAAAUUCUUUUUUAAAUUUUACUUCCGUUAUGUUAAACUCAAAACUGUGAAUGUAACUGUUCAUGUGCUCUAUUGACAUUGCCACUGACUAAUUUCCUGCUGUUGAUAUUAUGCACGGCAAGUCUUGUAUAUUGCAUUCACAAAAAACAACUUUUUUCGUUGGGAAAAUAAAAAAUAAAAAUGUUUGGGAUUUACCAAGGCUGUGUUUCCUUAUCAUUCACUGUCUGUCGUCAUUUCCAAUAUGAAAUAAUGGGCACGUAACUUUCCCUCAGUUUCUCAGUGGAAAAUACAUAAUUAGAUUUUAAAGAAUUCUUGGCAAGUAAAAGUUAUGUUUACACUUGACCGGGACAUUUAUGAGAUUUAAAUAUCAUGUUUUGAUUUAUGUUGACAAACAAAAAUAUUAAAUGCAGCCAUAACCGCUCAUGAAGUCGUAAUAGGCGGCAUUAAGAAUUCCACCAGGAACGGUCAUUAAAACAUUGUGUGACUAAGGGACCAGUUGCACUUUGUCAAGGAAAGUAUGGAUAAAUCAACCAACCCUUUUGAUUGGUCUACCUAACUAUGCUAUCACAUGGCCUACAGAAUUUCCCACUGCAUCCAGGCAUGAUAACCUGUCUUACUUGAUGGACACACUGCAGCCAAUGGAUUAUGGGUAAUAUGCUGACUUGCCCCUUAACCACACAGCAUACAGAGCUUUUACUGUAACCAGGGUUUCCGGGUUGAUACAAUAUCACAAAGCUAUUUGAGCUGUAACGGAGCAAGCAAAUAUCCAGUUUAUUAUGUGGUGGUGUUCUUUUCCAGCCUUUUCUUGACUACAUUUAAUAUGAAAUGCUCUUUUCUUCCGUUUGCUGCAUAGACCUUGAAUACUUGAUGCACGCUCGACAACAGCUGCUAACGACGGCGAAACGCUGGGACUCCAUGUCUAAAAUCAUUGUAGAAUUUGAACCUAAUGAAACUACUGAAUUGGAGAGGAGCCUUCUCAGCCGAUACCAAAUCCCUCUCUCUGCUGACCAGCUGUUUACACAGUCAGUCCUGGACAAAACUCUCACCAAGACGAAUUAUCAGUCCCGGCUACAUGACCUGCUUUAUAUAGAGGAGAUAGCACAGUAUAAGGAAGUGAGCAAGUAAGUGCCCUAUAUAUAAAGCUUCAAUAGACAUUGUACAAACAUCAAUAUAACACUGCACAAUUACAAAUCUCGUACACAAGAUAGAAAUGUGCAAAACAAUGGCUUGGCCAGAAGGGCCCAGAUAUGCCUCCAAUACAAUAUAGCACAUGCUUGUGGUAUGGUCUCCUUUCUCCAGCUUUAAAACUCCUCUAUCCAGGAUCAAUGCUGGUAGCCAUUCUUUAUUUACAUUAUGCCUUACAGCAGCGCAAGUACUUUAAUUUUUAAAAAUGCUUGAGGCCGUUUUAAAAGAGGAAAGUUGAGCUGUAGCUCCUUUUACCAUUCUCCUAUAAAGCGCUGGCCUCUGUCCCUAUAAAGUGUUUACGGGAUUUAUGAAUUGAGCAAACUGUGGUUGGAUCAACCCAAGCAGUGUAAUGGCAGCUAAUACUAAUAAACUCUAGGAAUGAAACGGUCAGUUCCCAUCUUAUUAUCAAAGACAACUUCAUGGUUUAUGUAACUUCUACAAAUAUUGAAAAAAGCUGGCAGAUGAACUACAACCACUAUAAACCUCAACUGUAGAAAGGUUUAGGGGGUUUACGCAAGGCUUCCAAACUAUGAAAGCACCAGGAUUGGCUAAAAUGUUAAAACCACUUCUUGUUUUGUUGAGGGCCUGCCACAGAAGGGGGAACUUCAGUAUAAUUUUUAUAUAAAUGUUUACAUUAUUACUAGCACUUAUAAAGCACCAACAUAUUCUGUAGCGCUGUACAAUAUGGGGGAAAACACUGUACAAUAUAUACAGACCGAUGCAAAAGGUAAAGAGGGCCUGGCCGGUGCGCUGAGAUCUAGCAAAUGAAGCUCUUUCAUACUAAGUACUUGGCUAGAUAACCCGUUAACUCCCUUUUUAAAAACUAGUUUAUAAGUUAAGACAAGUGGUAGCUGGGGGAAUUUGGAGUUGAAGUGCACAAAUAAGCAUUUUUAAAAAGUAUUUUAUUAUAUAAUUUAGUCUUUAUUUUGGAUCUGUGCGUUAUAAUUUAAAACCGAUGUUGUACAUAUAUGCAUUUAAGUGAUUAGGAGCUGGUUUGUUGGACGUAAUAGAUCCAUCUUCUUUAUCUUUUAAUAAAAUAUUUUGCCACUAGAGGGCCUCAUUGUAGUUUACUGACUGUUAUGGAUUUUUUUUUAUUUGUAACACCAAAGCUCUAUUCCAUAUAAACCUAACUCACAGUUCUGUUAGUCUUCUUUUUUUUUUUUCACUUUACGCUUUUCAAUUAUCACGAGUAAAUGCAUUUAGUUUCACUAUUUGGUUGCAGACCAACUACUUGCCACUACAUUUCAUUGUAAAUGUAGUGAUAUGUCAAUAAGGUCUUUGUUAAGAAUGCAUUUAAUAAGGGCUGAACCAAUGUCCUGAGAUCUUCAUUUUUGGCUCCUAAAAAUUUUGCUCAUUAUUCUGAUGUUUUGCUGUAUUUAAAACCGAUCUCUAAAAAAGGGGUCUAUAUUUAGCUCUUAAUUUAUAUUAACAAUCUUGCAUUUUGUAUCAUAGAUUCAAUAUCAAAGUACAACUGCAACUAUUGUCUAGCUUCAUGCUCACCGGUGUUUCUGGGGGUGCAAAAUACGCUCAAAAUGGCCAACUCUUCGGUCGCUUUAAACUUACUGAGACACUUUCUGAAGACACCUUGGCUGGGAGAUUAGUGAUGACCAAAGUCAACGCGGUAUAUUUAUUACCCGUCACAAAGGACAAAUCCGUGCAGAGUCAGAGCACCAAAGAGCGGGUCUACGAGGCGGUUAUUGAGGAGAAAACAAAGGAUUACAUCUUCCUGAGAAUAUGCCGAGACUGCUGUGAUGAAUUGCGUCUUCGGCCAGACAGAGAGAUGCAGGUGAUUCCUUUUCGGGUCCAUUGUAAUGUUCUGGAGCAAAGGAUUCAUGAUUUGUGGUUCUCCAUGUAAUCUAGCAGUGUUUUUCCAUCCAAAAGUGGCGAACUGCACGUGUAUUGGAUGACUAUUUUGGUCUAAGGUGAUCACAAUUUAGUACUGCGCACAUAUUGUAUGGCAAGUCUAAAGCCAUGACAUUUUAAUAAGUGAUCUGUGCGAAAUUUGACUUUUUUUUUUUUUUUUAAUAUAUCUUGAUCCCUUAAAAAUCUCCUCUGUUCAGUCUACUAAUCCCUCUGAUAACCUGCUGGUUAUCAACCUCUAGUGGCCUUUGUAUCAUGUCUCAAUCAUGUGCCAUUUGUUAAAUAUAUGAAUUUUGUGUGUGUAUAUUUUUUUUAUUCAUUUUCUUUAAGAAUUAUGUUUAUAAUAUUACUUUUGUAAUGGUCUUGCUUUGCAGAUGACUUGUUUAUGUAGUCUGUAUUUGUUUUUCAGACUUGUAGUAAAAAUGUAAUGUGACAAUACAAACAAUUAUGAAAUGGCAAAUACUUAUUUUUUAUAAUACAAUUACUUAAAUUCCCUCUCAGUGUGGUUUAUUUGCGAUUUCUGACGAGUCUGAUCUUUCAGGUCGAGCUUCAGUUCCAGUUGAAUCGUCAGCCCCUGUGUGAAAUGCAUUAUGCACUGGACAGAGUCAAGGAUAAUAGUAUUCUGUUCCCAGAUCUGAGCAUGACACCCCCGAUCCCAUGGAGUCCAAACAGGUAUAAAGAUCAAUCCGUGAGCAGGUUUGUAGUAAUGGCAUCUGCUGUCUGUAAAUCUCAUUACAAGUUUUGUUUGACAUUGAGCUUGGUGUAGAGAGAUGGUGACUACUGUAUCACUCUGUAAAAACACCUAGUAGAGGUACUCUUACUAGGCCUUAACAUUUUCACUUGACACUAGCCAUUGGCAAGUAACUAUUUAGCCAUGGCGAAUAGUAAUCCACCCCUAGUUAGUAUACUUUACCUUGCAGCUAGUAGCAUAUGCCUAACUGUGUUCCCCAGAUGUAGGACCACCAAUAAAUAGUAUCUGUAUACUUUCCAUCAGUCUUAUGUCAUCCAAGGAUUUAACUCGUACAAAAAAACAAACAGGUGAGUUUACAUGUUGCAUUGAUUUAAAUGAACUAACAGUUAAACUUUCAAAUCGUGUAAGGUUAUGAGAGGCUCUGUUACUGGGGGGGGGGGAGAGAAAUAAAUAUCUGAGUGGAGGAGAGAAGGGUUGGUUGCGUAGGGAGCAGUGUUAAUUUUUUACAGCAAAUUAUGAUCUAGCUUUAGCCGUAGUCCUUUGAUUAAAAUGCCAUUUAGUGUUUGUCCUUUUUUUAGCCAUCUGAAUUGUCUGUUUUAGAAGACUAAAUAUCCUAAGAUCUUAGUUGACUAAAAUCUAAUGCAUUUCGUUAAAGUGUAAUGUAUUUAAGCAUUUCUCUAGAAUUUCCAAGCACGUUGUAUACUCCUGGAAGAGUAAAACUCAACCUGUUUAUGAUAUAACUGUUGUGAUAUAACAUGUCUUUGUUUUAUUUAAUUUUAAGAGAAGUCAUAAAGUCUCCUAAAGAAACCUUUCACAAAAGGCCAGUAAUUAGAUAUGCAUUGAUUUAUAAACAAGUACAUUUUGACAUUCUUCAUUCUUUUAAGCAGAGGUGCAACUCUAAAAUAUUAAUUUUUUUUUUAUUUUAUUUUUUUGUAAAAGGUAUUGGCUGUAAGUAUUGCCCUUGCUCAUAGUACCUGAAUAUAGAACAUUUAACAGUUUUGUGUUAAUUUUGAAAAUCAGAAACUGUUGCGUAUAACAAAACAUUCUUUUCUUUGAAGCUGAACUGAAACUUUAAAAUAUGAAAAGAUGAACUCUAAUGACUGUAAAAUGCUGUUGCUGUUAUCUUAAGCUGAAUAUAGAACUUUCAACAGUUCUGUUAAAAGGACAUGCAUGCCUUCCUAGACAAUUGUCUCACACAAAGGCAAAGUAUCAAUUUACUCAACACAACAGAAAAGCGUGUCUACACAGCUACAAUAGGCAAUGUAGCAGUAUUCAUUUUGACAACAAUUUUUGAUUGUUUUAGUCAGCCUUUUGACUAAAAUCACUAGUUUUUGUUAAAGCUUUCGUCAUCACUUUAUUGUUAUAGUGGUCUCGUUUUAGUCAUUGAAAACAUGGUUUUGACAAACUAUGACCAAACCUCUAUUUAUUUUGUGUAAAAAAAAAAAAUGUUGCGAACCGUUCGUGGCGAACUCCGGUCAGCUGACACAUCCCGGCCAAUCUCCAGCAGACCCUCCCUCCCAGACCCUCCUACUUCCUGGACAGCAUCCAUGUUGAAGGCAGCUUCAACAUGGAUGCUGUCCAGGAGGUGGGAGAGUCUGCUGGAGAUUGGCCGGGAUGUGUCAGCUGACCGGAGUUCGCCGCAAACCGAUCGCGAGAAGUUCGCGGACGGUUCGCGACAUCUCUAAAAAUAAACACUGUGAAGAACAGUGCACUCUUAAGUAGAAUUUUAGAAUUCGUGAGUUAACCAGAAGAGAGUUCUGUGUUAAAAUAACAAUUAACUGUUUUCAUUUUAUUUAAUGGUCAGUUCAAAUGUGUUUUAAUCUGAAUAAAAAGCUUUAAUUGUAAUGUGAACGUUUGCUGCUAAGCCUAACUCUAACACUGUCAGGUAUUCAGCCUGCAUUGUAAGGCAUAUAUGGAUUCAGUUUUUCUAUGUUUAGUUCUCAGGAUUGUAUGAUUUCGAAGGACUGCAAAGACAUAAACAGGCUUAGGUGUGUAAGACUUUUCAAACCCAUCUCCAUGCUGCACACUUAGAAUUCCGAGAAGUAAUCAAAAGGAAGCGUUUCUUUUACUUGGCAUUGAGCAUAAUGGUUUAGAUGCUAGUUACAUACAAUCUUUCACCGUGUCUUUAAGAAUCCUAACGCUCUCUGUGAUUUUAGUAUGAGACAUUUUUGGUUACCAGAGAACUAGUUAAGUACAGAAUAUGCUUGGUUUUAACCAUUUCUCACAAGGAAUUCUUUUUAUUUGUAGAUCAUGGCAUAUUCCAAUAGGGAGCUAAACUGUCUUUUUACUAAUUUACAUUGAUGGCACAGCAAUCUCUCGUUCCCAUGAUUUUAGCAGAUGCCAAACAUGUGCACGAUAUCGUAGAAAGUAGUGUUGCUGGGUUGGGGCGAAAGAACUGUCCCCAAUAGAAAUAAUCAUUCUGUAAAAUGGCACCCCGCUUGAAAGAUAUGCACUUUGCAAUACAACAUAUUAAGGUUAUAAAGUAACAUUUUACAUCUCUAAAAGAACUCCACAAAUUCUCUGCAUCUAAAAAAGAAAAACAUAUAUACAGUAUAUCGCUUUGUUUGAAACAUGAGGAAAGCCAUUUAAAGUGGCACUGUCAUUUUUAUCUUUCUUUCAGUUUUCCUUUCCUUAUGCCCUUGUAUCUUAAUGACAUUACUGCCCUCGUUGCCACUUGCAUUAAUUUAUAUGUAUUAUCUUUUCUUCCUUGUGCCGGAUCUCAAUACCUGGGCGCCUCCAUUUUCUUCUCCUUCUGUCCAUAAUGUCUGUUUGCCCUUCUGUGACUGAUGGAUUGUGGGUAAAUUAGCUUAGCAACUGAAAUGGAACUAUGCGUAAGCUCCACCCAUUGCCAAAAAUUGCCAAUUUUCACGCUCCCCAUAAAAAGGUAGUUCUUACUUUUUCUUAUGUGUAACUAAGGUGAAUUUAAAAUAAAUUUAAAAAAAGAAGAAAUUGAGGUGGGGGGAGGGAGGGAUGUGUGGGGGGGGGAGGGAGGUCGGGGCAGAGAGGAUAAAUUAGAAAACAAAACCUGUAAAGUGACAGUGCCGCUUUAAUAUAUAUGUAUCCAGCAUCACGGAACACGAUGACAAUCUAGAGUUUAUAAACUUCUAUAAAGCCACUGUUUGCCCCGGAGACCUGACAUAUGUAAUUGCGAACCUUAAAGUGGAUGACAUAUCAGCCAUCUUUAUCUCUAAAUGACACUGUCAGGCAAAUGAUAUAUUUUUGGCAGGAGCAGAAAUAGUUUUGGACAAGAAUCCAGCAAAAUAGCAGUUUGUUUGAAGAACCUUGAUUGACUUUUUUUUUUUUUUUUUCUCUGUCAAACAUCUUUGGCAAGAUAAAGCUUUAUAUCUAAACAAUAGGCCCUGAUAACAUUAAUGGGAGAACAGCCCUUCUGAUUGACUCAUAUUUUAAAAGCCAACAAAGGCCUACGCUUUUCAAAUUCUCCAUUUAAACCCGAGAUAGAGGGCUUGUUAGAGGCAUGCCGUGUUUUGACAUCCGUUUUGCUGCCUGCUAUGCAAUUAAAUAGAAAGGGGGAAUAAAUGGCUAGUUACUGUUCAGCACAAUGGAGCUAAAACUGCUCUUUGAUAUUUGAUAAAAUACAAUAGUUUGUGUUUUAAACAGUCAAAUCUUAAAAUCAAAAUUUGCCAUCAAGUCAUCAGAUUGUCAUGUAUUGUUUACACAGUUUAUGUAGUGUUUAAUAAAUCCAUUCAACACUUGACAAGCCCAGAGAGCCACUGCUGCAAAGCCUAUUCUUGCUUCCCAAUCAUUGUGUGUUAAACAGGACACUAUGGAUGUACAUCUUACCGGUUCUUAAAUGGAUAGUACAUUAACAUAAUUAUUUAAAAAAGAACCAACAUUUUUCUUGGUGCUGUACAGUAGUUUCUUUUUCUGAUUUAGUGUUUUGAGGGGGUCUGUGCUUUAAAAAAAAAAAUUCUAAAUGUUUUAGUUAAGGGUUAUCUUUACACAAUGCUUGUUUGUUACUACAAAUUUGUUUUGUUGUUAUCACUUUAAUUCUGCUCCGUAAUAAACGGCUGUGAAUGACUCCGGUGUUGGUGAAUAAUACUGCCAUGGUUUGAAAUCUGACAUCUGAGUUUCUUUAAAAACCAUUUACAAUUUUAACUAAUUAAAAUAAAUUUGAGGAUAACUGUUCUUGGAGAUGUAUUUGGAGUGCUGAUAAAUGUAUAAAUUUGCAGGCAGUGGGAUGAGCUUUUGGAUCCACGGUUGAAUGCGAAGCAGAAAGAAGCUAUCUUAGCCAUAACCACCCCCCUUUCCAUUCAGCUCCCCCCUGUCCUCAUCAUUGGGCCUUAUGGGACUGGUAAGACGUUUACAUUGGCGCAGGCUGUGAAGCACAUCCUUAAACAACAAGACACCAGGUAAAUUUUAUCGGACUAGCGCUAAUUACACUUUCUAUCUAUCAGAGGAUUAAUCUUCCCUAUAUAUUGGCUUAUUCAGAAUACCCACAUUCCUAUCCUUUUUGGACAAUUGUUUGUUUAUACUGUAUAAACAAGUAUUUUUAACCUGAUACCUGUUUCUUUUGUAUCUCAUAAUGAGGAGUUAAUUUUCAUUCAUUGUAGAUUGCUCAUUAUCCUGUGACUGACAAUGUGUCUGCUGUAUUGAUGGGGAAUCUGAGUUCUAUAUAAUUGCACAAAUUAUACCAGCCUUAGUUAUUUCCCAAGCGGAUGUCUGCCCAUUUAAACAGAAACCAGACUAAAUGCACCUUAGUACAUUGGGGUUAUUGACAGGUUACGUGAUUAAAGAAAUGGCUAAAUAGAGACCCGUGGAUUAAGGCAUUCUGAGGUUGAGGGGAUAUUUUGUAUCACUGUAUUAGAUCCAGUGUAAUUCUAGUUUUGUCUUGUUUUCUUGCAAGUUUGUUUUUAUUAUAAUAUGCCUUUACAGUGUACGUUUACUGUGUCUAUUAAAUCACUAUUGCUGUCUGGUAACCAAGUGUAAUAUCUGUAUCUAUCUAAUCUCUAUAUAUAUACACACUGAUCAGCCACAACAUUAAAACCACCUGCGUAAUAUCGCGUAGGUCCCCCUCUGCUGCCAAAACCACUCAGAUGCAUUGAGGCAUGGACUCCACAAGACCUCUGAACGUGUCCUGUGGUAUCUGGCACUAAGACAUUAGCAGCAGAUCCUUUCAAUCCUGGAUGUUACGUGUUUGUGCCUUCAUGGAUUGAUUUGUUGAUCCGGCACCCCCCCACAGAUGCUCAAUCAGUAUUGAGGCCAAGGCAACACCUUGAACUUUAGAUUGUAAGUUCAUUUGAGCUGGGUCCUCCUCUACCUAUUGUUCAUGUAACCGUUAUUGUCGCAUUUGUUAAAUUUCCCUUUUUUUAUUUUUUUUAUUUGUAUUUUUGCAGUGCAUAGAAAUGGUACAUGCAGACUCGAAGUGCCCUAAAAGCAUUUCCCUCUCGAUUAUCAGGCACAAUUUUAUAAUAACAUAAGCAGGUUUAACAGUGUAGCUUUGACUGUAAGUAUGUAUUUAUGCUGUUAACAAGCUUGGUCAAAGCGUGGGUUAAGUUGGUAGCUCACGGUUAAUACAGGUGUACAUUGCAAGGCAGGUAGAUUGUGCACAUUUUUAUGGUUAAUAUGCUAGGCUAGUGUGAUGCUAUUAGACACUGAAGUGUAGGAUCUAUGUAUAACAAGCUGGUGGAGCGUCAGCCUGUAUGAUAAGAUUAACUCACAGUCCCAAGCUAUAGAAUAGAGAAUUUUCGUUGCUAGCUAUAGUGUGAGUAAGCCUGUGUGUACAUUACAUUUAGCAGUGUCCAUGUGGGGUUGUCAGGGCUCAGACCGUUGUCAGGCUUCAGGAGGUGGGCUGAUGAAUGUGUUGUCCGCCUUCCUCAGCAAAUGCCCCGUGCUUGCCUCAGUGGAGAGUCCGUUUCCAGGUCUGUUUUACCAGUGCCUCUUUCCGGUAUGCGGGAACGUGGGUUGCCCUGCUCGCGUUGCGAGUGCUGUGUGCAGCAUGACAGGCCUCUGUCUCUUCGGCUCCGGGCUUUGUAAGGAGCUAGUGCCCUCUGUCCGUGGAUCCCCCUCCGUCGGGAGGCCGGAUCAUGGGUCCCCGGGGUUUCCGGCUUGCGGUCUUCCCCGUGGGUGGUCGUACUGCGGCCUGGAGAUUUCUCCAGUUGGGCCCCCGGCCCAGAAGAGGGACAGGCAUCCGCUGCUGUGUGGUAGGUAGGUUCCGUUUCGGGAGGGGCAGGCUGGGGUCCCCGCUUGGCUAUGCGGUCCCAGAAGGCUUGGAAAAUAGCCUCAAACCGGGCUUCAGAGGCCUCUCUCCAGCUUUGGUCCGUCUGGUUUACUGGGCUGUGCUAGGAUUGCGCUGUGGCGGCCAUCUUGAGGGUGCCUUGUGGCAGGUUUCCCGGUCAGGCCCAGUGGCAGUAGCUUGUGGUGUGUGCUUCAGUCUCUUAGUGGGGACCGGGAUGUCCCCCUAGGAGUUAGGAGGUAUGCUGAGCCUGUGUUCUAGUUCUCUAGCGAGGAAAGUGGCCGCCUCUCCUCGGUUCGAUACCCAGUAGGCCUUAGCAGGUUUUUAGGGUUCCUGGCUAUUGUUAGGUGAGAUUCGGGUGUCAGGCGGUUCCCCCGGGUGUCCCCUCCUCGUUUAUCGUCCUCCCGAUAGUAGACGUGCCGGUUUUUGGGGGUUUCUACCCUCAAAUUAGCAGUUUUGGUCUGGAGCUUGGUUCCUGCACGUCUGAUCAGCCUGGAAGCUAGGCUCCGCCCUGUUAAAUUCCCCUUUUAAUGCAAAGCAUGGCAGAAUUAGCUGGUGAUAUUUAAAUACUAUUAAUAACUGUCAUGUUCCUCAAACCAUUCCUGAACAAUUUUGCAGGGUGCAUUAUCCUGCUGAGAGACCACUGCCAUCAGUGAACACCAUUGUUAUGAAGGUGUGUAUGUGGUCUUCAAGACUCUCUAGGUAGGUGGUACUUGUCAAUUACAUUAGCAUAAAUACAAGGACUCAAGAUUUCCCAUGUUCUUCAGUUGUUUGAGCUACAGUAGAUUUUCUGUGCGAUUUGGACAAGACUGGCUAGUCUUCGCUCCCCAUGUGCAUCAGUGAGCCUUGGGCACCCAUUACCCUGAUGCUAGUCCACUGGUUGUCCUUCCUUGCACUACUUUUGGUAGGUAGUAACAACUGCAUACUGGGAACACCCCACAAGACCUGGUGUUUUGGAGAUACUCAGACCAUGUCGUCUGGGCAUCACAACCUAGCCUUGUCAAAGUUAAGCAGAUAUUUUUACUUGCCCAUUUUUCCUGCUUCGAACACAUAGAAUUUAAGAACCGACUGUUCACUUGCUGCCUAAUCUAUCCCACUCCUUGACAAGUUCCGUUGUAAUAAUGUUAUUCACUUCACUGGUUAGUGCUUUUAAUGUUGUGGCUGAUUCGUGUAUAGUGUGUGUGUACGCGCACGUGCUAUAAUCUUCUGCUUUGUGUCUGUUUUUUGGUGGGGCGGGGGGGGGUUCCAUCUUGUUCUUUACAAAAACUUUUUUUUUUUUUUUUAUGUUUACAUUUUAUUUUUGUUUUGUUUUUCCAGUAGGGUCCUUAUCUGCACCCAUUCCAACAGUGCUGCUGACCUCUACAUCAAGGACUAUUUGCAUCCAUAUGUAGAAACAGGGAAUCCCCAGGCAAGACCACUCAGGUAUUUGUCCAAAUGGUUUGUUAACAGUAUAGUUUAUUAAAAAAACAGGCUAAUCUUUAUUUGUAAGAGUUUUAUAGAACAGUGAUACGUGAGCAAUAUACACAUAGUGAGCAUGCAUCCACAUGGGCUGCGGGGCAGCAUGCUACACAAUCCAUCCACAGCUUUCCUAUGCUGUGGAUUCAGAUAUAAAUUCCCGCUGGACUGAAUAGAUUUUAGUAUGUUGUAUGCUCUACAAUCCCUAAGUAACUUCUAUGGCCUUGCUGCAUCUGUGCACAGGCACACAUGAGUAGUUUCAUUCGUGAAAUUGAAUGAUGAUAAUUAGGAAUAUAAUAGAAGCCAAAGUGUUGUGUUUUGAGGUUGGGCUGUUUGCAUUAAUGACCAAACUGUAUGAGAUCACUUCCUGGGACACCAUUUAAGAGCUAAAGUUAACAGUAAAUUUAGGAGAACAUUGGCCUUUGCCAAAGCCCACUUUACCUGCCCAUGAUCUUUUUCUCAUUGCAAAUUGCAAGUUUGUUUGUCCGUUCCUUAAACUUCAUGUAUUUCGUAAAAUUUUCCUAAAUGAAGAUCACGGUUAAGGAAACGUAAUCGCACUAUUGGCGGAUGGGCUUGUUGUAUGGAUGGUUUUUAUUUUCAUAUUGUUUGUGUUUGUUUUUUGUUUUUUUUACAUUUUUGUGUUUCCUUUUUCUACAGGGUUUAUUUCCGGAAUCGCUGGGUAAAGACUGUACACCCAGUCGUGCAUCAGUACUGUCUGAUCUCCGCCACACAUUCCACCUUUCAGAUGCCACAGAAGGAGGACAUAUUAAGGCAUCGAGUUGUUGUAGUUACUCUCAGCACCUCCCAGUACCUCUGCCAGCUUGAUCUCGAGCCUGGUAAGCUGGUUGACCUUCUCAAUCUUAAGAUUGUACCACAAAGCUUGCCUUGCUUAUGUCUGUUUAGAAACGUAUUUAAGCUUUGAAGUAAUCUCAUCUUGAAGAGAUUUUUAACUUCUCCAUAUGACAUCUGUGUUUGCCAUGUGUUGUCAUAUACUUUGUAUUUUUGUAACAGGACAUUAGUCUAGUAUUGGCACAAUGGAGGCCAUUAUUAGUCUAGUGUAUAUCAAAGCACAACCUUCCAUUUCCCAGCCCUUUUCCUAAUCACACAUUGAAUUCUAGGCAACUUGAAAAUGCUUCUUAAUGUUCUGUUUGAAAGUAGAAUUCCAGGCUUCCUGGCCCUCCGUUUCUUUGAUCUGUAUAAAGAACGUGCAUUAGCAGUAAAAUGUUUGCUAUUGAUCUGGUAAGGUAAUGUGUGAGGUUACAUCAAUGUAACGCUCAUUAUGCAGCCUCAAUCUGCUUAAUGAAGGAAAAGGUAUUUAUCGGUCAUGUAGUUGCUGGAGGGGACAUGGUCUAUUAUAUUAUUGUAUCUGUAAUCUUCCAUUUUGUGAAUGAUACUACAUCUUAACCUUCUCUUAUCCUGGAUGAAACAUGCUCCCAAACCCACCUUCACAAGUGCAUGGAUGGCUGUAAACAUUGAUUUUCUAUAACUGCAUAUUAAUCAUGAAGACUUCCUUGUCCUCUGAUUUUAUGCACUCUUUGUGCAGUUUCCUGAUGGAUAAUGUCCGCAAUUGCUGUAUUUAGUUCUGAGCAUUAAUUAUUGGCAGUAAUUAACGGCUGUCAUUAGUUUAUGGAAAUGUUCUGUUUUGGUUUUAUGUAUGAUUGUUUGAGUCGUCGAUAAUACGACCGCUCAAUUUGACAUAUCUUUUCGUACCAUUACGGUGUAAUCUUUGCUGGUGCUUUCUGCCCUGUAUGUGUCUUUCAUGCUCAUUUGUUGGUUAAUUUGUUCUGUUUUAUUUAAAUGCACUGUUGGAAAAUGUUCCGUUGUGCUGGUGUUUAAGACCCGUAUAAAUUAUUCUUCUUUGUUAAUUUUACUGAUAGGACAUAUAUACAGCUGUGAAAAUAAAAAUAAACCUCAGAAAACUCUUAAAACUUUAUAGGCUCGUUCAAAACACAAUAACCACUUCCCGAUCAAUUUCUCUAAAUUCCCCUUCAUUCAGAUCACUCGUCUAAAGGUUUCCAGUGUGACAGGUGCUUACUUUCAGCCUAUGCGGCACCAGUCUUCACAAUGCUGUUCCGCCUCCUUGGCUGAGAUAAUCAAAAUUUAUGAUCUCGUCCAAUAUAAUUCUUUUACAUUGGGAAGCUUUUGGAGGCUAGUGCGCAUGCGAGCAUCAUUUGAUCUUUAAUAGUUUGAUUUGGUUAUAGCAGAGGAAGUGACUUGGAAAGAAAGCCACUAGAGGUCGGUUAACCCUGCAAUGUAAACAUUGCCUCCCUGCAAGCCGUUCCCUUGUAAAAAUAUUACUCUUCUCUAAUUCCGUGUGAGACCAUCACUCACUGCAGCUCUGCAUUGAAUGUCAGGAGUUCAUUAGUACUGAGGAUCUCACAGCCAGUAGAAUAUUUAUCAUAUAGAAGCAUUGGGAAAUAGGGCACGUUUUAGUACGCUGCGCCAGCAGUGCUUCUUAUAGAGAGGUGUUGAAUCCAUUGCUUCUCUGAGAGGAAUAGCCUUCUGCCUAAAAUCCGUCUCUUAUAAUCAAUACUUUUGUAAUGAGGGGACACACUGUUUAUCCCUAAAGCUGUUCUUUAAAAGUUAUUAGUUUUAGGUUUUUUUUUGUUUGUUUGUUUUUUUUAAUUCUUGCUGCUAGAUAGCCAUCUUUGUCUCUAAGAAAUUUAUAUCACCUGUUCUUUCAAACCUAGCGCUGUGCUCCUGUGUUAUCCUCCUUGAAACAUUCUGGCUUGUUUUUUCCCCUCUUAGGAUUCUUCACUCACAUCCUGUUAGAUGAAGCUGCUCAAGCUAUGGAGUGUGAAACUAUUAUGCCCCUUGCUUUGGCGAAUAAGCACACCAGGGUGGUGUUGGCAGGAGACCACAUGCAGGUAAGGGAAUAUGAGACUCACCUGGGUAGUAAGGCAGACUACCACAUUGUCUUAAAAAAGAUUUAAUGGCUGCACUUUGGAGUAAUUGUUCCACAUCUGUCUUCCAGCUCAGUCCUUUUGUCUACAGUGAGUUUGCGAGAGAGAGAAACCUUCAUGUCUCUUUACUUGACCGGUUAUACGAGCAUUACCCAGUGGACUUUCCCUGCAGGAUUCUCCUCUGUGAGAACUAUCGCUCUCACGAAGCCAUCAUCAAGUAGGUGUGAACGAGGCCAGCACACAACUUACUGUCUGGCUCUCCUCUUGCUGUCCUUUAAACGAUAUAUUAAGAAACACUAUAAGGUCAGGAACACAAACAUGUACUCAUGACCCUAUAGUGUUAAAGCCACCUUUUAGGUGGCCUGCCUAACAACGUUAAGCUGUAGUUCUGUUGACUAUAGUGUCUCUAAGUCCAAAGAUAUCACUGAGCUGACACUGGUGGGUCUUUGCUUUUGAUAUCUCGAUAGGUCAUUGGUUGGUGAUAGUUCCCAAUAGUUUUCAAACUGGGUUAAUUAAUCUUUAAUAAAUUAUUUACAUAGCCUACUUCUAUUGUUAUAGAAAGUCUACUAAAAUUAAUUCUGCUAAACCCAAAUCUUUAAAUACUUCCUAUUGCAAGAGGCGUCAGCCAGCCUAGACCUGCAGUUACCUGAGUACUCACUGAGUUUGUAUGCUUAUUUAUUAGGAUCUAUAUGUAUUUACAAUUACACAGUUACUUCAUGUCUAGCUAAUGCAAAGUAAUUAUUUUAUAUGGCUGUAUUUUAAAUUACAGGCGUUCUAUAGAGAACAUUCCAAAGGCCAUGUAUUAUUACCACCCAUAACUUACACUCUUAAUAUAAACCUAGGGGCGAUACAUUUAUAUAUGUAUAACCAGUGAACUGCAUAGUUACUUUGCUUGUUAUAAUGGAGAGUAUAUACUCAGAGGGCUGAAUAAUCUGACACACAACCAGUGAAUGUAUUUAUUACUUCUCACUGGGUCCUCUGGUCUACUUGUUAAUACACAAAUAAAUGGCUUCUGUUUUGUUGACCUCACAAGGAUCAAGAGCGGAUUUGCUUGGAUUUGAGCAUUACAGCUUUUUCUUUGAGUGUUUUUCCUAACAUACAAAUAGUACUUUUCAUGUACAGUUCUGCACCAGUUAUGUUUAUUCUGCAAAGACAAAAGGAGUGUACACAAUUUCUUUAUUAGUAUGUUCUCAAAGUAUACAUUGUAUACAGUACAUGCUGAGGUCUACAAAGGCCCAAUGAUAGAUCCCUGAUCUCCCGGUAUGAUGAACAGCAACAAAUCUUUACCUUUUUAUUUAUCCCCCUCCAAAAUGAUUUAUGAACUGCAAGUUACUUCCACUCCACAGUAUAGCAAUUUAUUUUAAUAACAGCUAAAAUAGAUUCAGUGCUAAAAUAAAAAAAAUACUUGAAAUGCGAUUAGUAAAUUGUAGAAGUCUUCAUGGCAACAAACUAAAUGUUCGUACCCCUUGCUCUACUUUCAGAUCAUUUAUCCCCCACGCUUUUUAAAUUCAUUUUUAUUGAGACGGGAACAUAGUACAAACAGAAAACCGUACCAGUGUAGAUCGAUAAAUAAAUCACAUUAUUGUGAAGUUAUACAAAGAUAAUCAAUUAAGGAAAUACAUAGCUAGUGUUACCUUGAAUUAUUAUACGGAGAGUAAACCAUAAACGUAGAGUUUAGCUACUGAAAGGUAGUUUUUCUGUAUAGAUCAUGCCUCUGAAGUCUCACUGCUAAAUUCUCUGCCAUUGAGGAGUUAAAUCACCUUUUUUUCUGUUAAUGAAACCAUAACCCUACCUCCCCUGGCUGUGACUGACACAAGCCUGCUUGAGAAAAAAGGCUUCAUUUUCAGUCAGAUGUUAACUUGCUUUGUAAGUUGAACUUUAAUCACAUACAAGAGGCUCCUGCAAGGUCUAGCAAGCGAUUAACAGUACUGGAGUUAAGAAAUUCAAUAGACUGUGCAAUAAAGAACGAUUAAAUGAUAGAUCACAAUUUACAUGAAGUGUUUAGGAAGGCUAUGCAAGCCGGGAGGUGUGGCUAGGGUUGAUUUAACUCCAAAAUGGCAGAGAAUUGAUCAGUGAUACUUAAUGGGGUAUUGCCUAUACACUAAUGCUUCAUUAAGCUAAAAUAGUUUUGUUGUCUUUAGUGUCCCUUUAAGGUAUUUCUCGACGAAAAUGACAGCAUAAAUGUAGCCAUGACUCUGCUUACACAAAAUUAGUUGACCACACCAUACAUUAUGAAAGGAAAUACAAGCUUGAAUAUUUAAAUAUAUUUUUCUGUCAUAUGGUGGCAGUGCUAUUGGGUUUUGCUCCUCCCUGUGGACAAGACAUCUAACAAGUAAUUAAUGAUCAAAAAGACCCUCCCCCUUGCCCCAUAAAAUGCUGUUCCGCAAAUCCUACCCCAGUUUCCUUUUUUGUCCCGAGAGGGAAGGAAAGGACAUCCACAGGGUGAGACACACGGGCUGUCUGUCUGGGGGACCCGGUCCGAGAGCUGCCCGGGCAGUAAGCUGAGACCAUGCUCCUGACCAGCAUUACGGAGCAAGUAGAGGUUAGUCUCUUUAUGCCGAGAAUGGUUCCGGCAAUGCUUCCUGGAGGCGGAGUUUGUCCUGAGCAGGUGCACAGCGGUGGAACGCACACCCGGGUGGUUAUGCGUUCCACCUAAGCUUCCGGGUGCGCUAAAACGCAUGCGUAGACCAGAAGCUUAAAGGUACAGAGAGAAAAAAAAAAAACACGAAAAUUUUAAUUCUGGUGUAUAAAUAGAGCUGUGCAUGUACCCACUGACUACAUGGAUGCAGGUCAGAAGAGGUACGCCGUGUCACCUGCCCCCCACACGGCUCAGAGGUAUUUUGAGGUAAGAUUAAAGAAAUCUUUACUUUAAAAUAUGCUCUGGAAAACUUAAAGGAAAUAUCAAACAAUCUAAGCCUUCAUUUAUGUUUUCUCCAACAGAUAUGUCUAGCCCAGCUCAUCCUGAUAUGGACAAGGAAAAACUGGCAACCUCCAUGCCUAGAAAGGCUACGGUAAAAUCAAAAUGUCUAGUUUGCACUGAGUAUGCAAAUAUAAAUACAGGAGAUCAUAUCAAGAGAGACCGCAUUUCUUUCAAAGAGGAGAUAAAAAUCAGAGAUUUGAGAGGUGAUGUUAAAAGAUCCUUCAGAUAAACGUUUCUGACACCAGAAGUGUGGGAGGAAGACUCCCAACGUUUUUUUCAAAUAUGGUAAAGAAUCACAAGCAAUCCUUGGGUUCUAAGUCUUAUCCAGCAGGGACACAAGAUUAUAUUUACGGAGAAACCAAGAGCAAAAUUUCUGGUAUCAACUUACCAGUCUUCAAAAAGAUCACAAGCCCUAUUUUCUCAGACCAUGCUUCUUUUGCAAAAAAAAGGUGGUAGAGUACCAGUAAAACAAAGAUUUCGGGGAGUUUAUUCAAGAUUAUUCCUGGUUUCAAAACCAGAGCACUCUUUUCGUCCCAUUUUGGAUUUAAAGAACAUCAACCGGUUUAUCCCUUAUCAAAGAUUUUGCGUGGAAUCAAUCGCUUCUAUUUGUCCUCUGCUACAAAGGGGCGACUUUAUGGUAAAAAUAGACUUGAAGGAUGCUUAUCUGCAUGUUUGGAUUGCUACCGCUUCAAGGAAAUUUCUAAGAUUUGCGAUAAAAAGAGGGAGAUCCACCGAUCAUUUCCAGUUCAGGGGUCUGUCAUCCGCCCCAAGGAUAUUUACAAAAAUCUUGACUCCUCUCACAGUUCAUUUGAGGGAAUUGGGAAUAUCGAUUAUCCCAUAUCUGGACAACUGGCUUCUCAUGGCACAUACAGAAGAACAGCCACUCAGGGACCUGCUGGUCACUAUCAGAUUUCUUCAAAACCACGGCUUGAUUUUGAACCUAAAGAAGUCAGUUCUCAUUCCAACAAGAGAAAUAGUUUCUCGGAUUCAGAAUCAAUUCAGUCUCCAUGUCGAUUCAUCUUCCCAAACGAAAAAGGAGGAAAAUCCGAGAGGCGAUUUACAAUCUCCAGCGGAUGGAAAGUUGUUCCUUCAGACAGGGCAUGGGUGUAUUGGGCCUUCUAACUGCCACUUUUUCAGCAGUCAAAUGGGCAAGAUCAGAGUUCAGACCUCUACAAUGGAACAUCCUGACAACCUGGUCAAAAAAGGAAGAUUUAGACAAAAGUUUCUUGUUUUUCCUCAGGUAAAGACUCGGCUUACUUGGUGGAAAACCUCAGAGUACCUUUCAGGAUUGUCUUUUCGUCCAACUGGAUAAUAGUCACUACAGAUGCCUCAAGGACAGGUUGGGGAGCUCAUUUGGGCUCCACUGUGUUCCAAGGAAUAUGGUCCGUCAGGGAGGCGAAAGAAUCCGCAAACUUCAGGGAAUUACUUACAGUUCUUUACGCUCUACAUCACCUCAGGCCUUGGUUACAACAAAGAGCGGUGAAGAUUCAAUCAAUCGCACAGUUGUCUCAUAUAUCAAUCGCCAAGGAUGAACCAAAGUAAAGAAGCUUUACAGCCUUUGUGCAGAAAUUAUGGAGUGGUCACAAAGAAAUCUGGAAGACAUUUCGGCAGCUCACAUAAGAGGGAGCGACAAUGUAAUAGCCGACGAUCUAAGCACAGGGAAGUGGGAUCAAAAAGAAUGGUCUUUGAACCCGGAAAUUUUCAGAAUCCUGACAGAAAGAUUUGGAUUUCCGGAAGUAGGCUUGAUGGCAAGAGCUUCAAACACAAAGGUUUACAACUUUGCCUUCCUAUUCAGAACAGAUCAACCCAAAUGGAUAGACGCUCUAUCAAUAGAGUGGAACUUCCGUCUGGCUUACGUGUUUCCACCUCUGCCUUUAUCCCAAAGGUCCGUCUCAAGAUACGAACAGACAGAGCGAGAGUAUUGGCAAUAAUCCCAUAUUGGCCAAACAGAGUCUGGUUUUCGGCUGUAAAGAAGAUGGCCAUCGCUCAUUGGGAACUUCCCAUAUCAAACUUCCUCAUUGUGAACAGGGACCUGCCCUUGGAAGUUCUAAAAAUAUUCAGGUUGACGGCUUGGCUACUGCAAGGCUAAUCCUUCGUAACCACGGUUUACAAGAAGACAGAAUAGAGGUCUUACUUCACGCUACUAGAAAGUCUACGUCUAAGAUAUACUUUAGGAUUUGGUCUAAGUUUCUCCACUGGUGUAAGGAACACCAGUGCCUGGUUUUACAUCCAUCCAUAGAUAACAUUCUCCAUUUUUUACAAGGUGGUUUUGUAGCUGGUCUGAGAGUUUCUACGCUCAAAGGUCAAAUAUCAGCCUUAAGUUUUUUUUCUAAUUAAGGAUUUGGCCUCCAAUAUUUUCAUCAGAAGAUUGUUCAGGUCCAUCAUCUUCAAACGACCGCCUAGACGAUCAGUGUUUCCAACUUGGGAUUUAGCCCUGGUCCUACAAGCUCUUAGUGUUCAUCACUUUGGAAGAAGUUUCAUUUCUGGUAGCCAUCACAUCGGCUAAAAGAGUGGGAGAACUUCACGCUCUGUCCUCCUCGGAUGAAUUCACCAUUUUCCACAAAGACAAGGUUGUUCUUUAUCCAAGACCGUCUUUUCUACCUAAAGUUUUAUCUUCAAAGAAUAUUAAUCAGCCGAUUAUUUUACCUUAGUUUUGUAGCGAAGCCUCAUCUCCUCAAGAGCUCAAAUGGCAGAAAUUGGACGUCAGAAGAGCUUUACUUGUAUACCUAGCCAGAACGAAAGAAUUCAGAAUUUCGGAUCAUCUGUUUAUUAAUUUUCAGGGUCACCUCAAGGGGAAUGUGGCUUCCCGCGGCACUUUAUCCCGUUGGCUCAUUCAAGCUAUAGAAUUGGCGUACUCUACAGCAGGUCUUCAGUCUGCAGCUACACUUAAGGCCCAUUCCACCCGAGCAAUGGUUACCUCAUGGGCAGAAAAAGCACUUGCAUCUCCAGAGGUCAUCUGCAAGGCAGCAUGCUGGUCGUCUUUUAACACUUUUAUCAAGCGCUAUCGGCUAGACAUAUUCUCUGCCUCUAAGCAGCUUUUGAGCUUAAGGUGUUACAAGCUGUGGUGGCCUAAGUCCCAUCCGGAUGGUGAUCUUGCUAUAUCCCAAUAGUACUGCCACCAAAUGACAGAAAAAACUGAAAUUUUACUGACCGUAAAUUCUUUUUUUCUUAAUAUGGUGGCAGUACGGCUUCCCUCCUUCUUUAUUAAAUAAUUUUUGCAGUACAUUUUUGUCUGUUUCUUUUUCUUGUCACGUAUUGGGGUAGGAUUUGUGGUACAGCAUUUUAUGGGGCAAGGGGGAGGGUCUUUUUGAUCAUUAAUUACUUGUUAGAUGUCUUGUCCACAGGGAGGAGCAAAACCCAAUAGUACUGCCACCAUAUUAAGAAAUUUUUUUUACGGUAAGUAAAAUUUCUGUUUUCCUAGUAGUUAAACAAGUAAGCCCUGAAGCUCUUAGGCUUAGCGACAUUCAUGCAGAUAAUGCAGUGUAGUGGCUUGAGUUAGAUAAACAAACUGCUUAAGUAAUCUUAAUUAAAUCAAAUAAGACACCACUGAAAUACAGCUCUACAAAAAAUGAAUAGUGUUGGAGAAUGUUAGUUUUCAGCAUUCAUACUAAAAAGCAGAGAAUCGUGUUUCAAAAUAGUUUGUUUUGUAAACCCUCUUAAAAUGUCAGUUUUUUUCCCCCCCAACCCUCACUAUAUCUCGAUGAAAGAUUUGAAGUGUUUAUAUAGAAGUUGGAUGUCUCAACAUUAUUUUUAAGUAAAGACAGUGACAUUUUUAAAACCAACAUAUCCAUCAUUUUAAAAACGAUCUGCCUGCCUUCCAGAUAUUCACUUCAUAAAUUCUGUCACUUAAAGCAGUUCUUGGAAAGCCAUAAAUCAGAGAGGCGUAAACUGUAUAUGACAGCAAUAAAUCUGAGUGUAAAAGCAUGACUGCCUGCUGUGAAACCCAAAAACUGGUAAUCAAGACUGCAAAUCUUAACUCCUCUCUUACCGGAGAAAUCCAUUCACAAAGAAUAGCUUUCACUACUGCAGAGCGUAAAAUUACUAAUUAAAGGAUGGUGAGAUAAUAAAAGUUAAUAACUGCUGUUACACAGUGGACUUGAUUUGGCAAGUAAAACUCCACCAAUAUAUCCUGUGAUUGCAGGAAGACCUGUUAUUGUGUAAAGGCUACACUUUCUACAGCACAGGUUUUUAUAAAUUAAGAAGAAAGGAGGGCAAAAAUCUCCAAUAUUUCAGUAGCAAAGAAAAGUUUGGGCACACAACCGCUGGUAACUUGUAGCUUUUAGCAGUUCAAAGACCAGCACAAUGUUUUGGUCUCACAAGUAGACCUUUGUCAAGUCACCUUUUAACAAAACAAAGCGUUCUCUUUUGACUCAAUAAAAGCUACAAGAUACCAUCGAUUGUGUGCCCAAACUUUUCUUUGCUACUGGUUUAACAAUGUACCUUUUGUGAUUCGUUUAUAGCGCAUAGACCUGUUCUGGCCAAAAGUAAGUUACCCUGGUUUCAUUGUGCAUUACGUUUGAUAGCCGUUUCAUCCCUUUUGGGUUUCAGUUCUACAACAGAUGGUGGGGCUAUGUUUUUACUAUUCCUGGUAUACAAAGCUUGGCCUGCUUGUAGAUGUGAGCUUACAUUUUACUCCUCAGUCUGACUGACAAUCAUGUGAGGGGUGUGGGUAUGAUCCAGCCUCACAUUAGUUACCGGUGUCAUAUUCAGUUCACAUAUUUGUAUAUAACUGACUUGUGCAGGCUUUGGACUUGUUUACUGUUUUGUUAUGAUGUGGUUGUUUAUUACUUUUUGUAUGUGUUUGUGAACAGUUACACAUCUGAGCUGUUUUAUGAAGGCAAAUUGAUGGCCAGUGGAAAGCAGCCGGCCCAUAAAGAGUUCUAUCCACUGACUUUUUUCACCGCACGUGGCGAGGACGUCCAGGAGAAAAACAGCACCGCCUUUUAUAAUAACGCUGAGGUACUUCCUAUCGAUUGGGCCACCAACCUGUUCUCCUGCACUUUACGGGGAGCUUAUUUUAUUGACUUGCUUACCUAAAAGUGUUUUUUUUGUUUGUUUAUUUCAGUGUGUUGGAAUAUAAUCUCCUUCAAGCCUAUACACUCUAUGGCCAUGACAGUGAUAAAGAGCAUGCAAUUAAAAAUGUAUUUGCUGUUUAAAGGAACAUUAAUCAAGGUGUAAAGAUUUGCCUUUGAACAGGCCUGAAAAUCUAUCUUAAAGCAGAAGUUAAAACAGAAUUACCUCUUCUGUAAAAAUUGUCAUAAAUGAGCCCGUCAUCUGUUCUCACAAAUUUAGAGUAACAAUUUGUCUUUCUUGACAGCUCUUCAGCCUUUAAGUUACUGUUGGGGAAAAAAACUCAAAAUGCUCAGAUUUUAAAGGGAUAUGUACCUCAUACCCCAAGCAGCUUCUGAUUAUGAAAGGUACCUAGAGGAAAGUGUUGCUAUAGACAGUAAUGAAGUCUGUGAUAGCGGCCAGGUGGUUAAUAACGACCUUUAACGAUUUUUUAAUAUAGAGGGUCCAGGCAUACACAAUUAAACAAUUCAAAUCAUUUUUGUCCUUGCUCAUCAUUGAUAACAUGAGAGAAUGUAAAUAAAUCUAUGUAGUGAUCACUUAUUCAAAGGAUCUCUGAUUUUAUAAGCCGUUCAUAUAAUAUCACAUUUUUGAUUAGAUGGAUCUGCAUGUUAGACCCGUUUGUUGCAGAACUACACGAUGACUUGUCAUGCUAAGUACUGGUAAAUUCUCAUUGGAGUUGCAGUUUUACAGCAAACGUGCAGAUCCCACGUUAAUUUUUCUUUAGUGUCUUAUCAGUGUCCGGAACCUGUUCCAUUUUACAUAGAACUGUCUGGCAGGGUGCACACUUGAGCCUGAAUCUGCAUUUUUAGUAUUUUUGUGUACCUUACAGGCAGUUUGCCCCUUUUCUGGAGCAAUCCAUGCAUAGUUCAUGUGUGGGGACUUCCCAGGUCUUCACGAUCUUGUCAAAGCAGACAGAUUUUAGUCUCAUGUACUGCAGUGCUAGGUAUUGAUUAAUCGGUACAGGAAUGGCAUAUUGCCAAUGCAUGGAGAGCCUUGAUUGUGUGUACAUUUAACUCCCUUCAUUUGCUGUCAGUCACGCCCUUUUCAGUAAUACACUCAAACCAAUGCUAAAAUAUUGUAUAGGUGUCAUUCCGUGUAAAAUGCACUCAUUUUAUUUAUUUUUGCCUCACCAUGUUUGAUUUAUUUUAAUUUUCUUUUGUGAUUUUGCGUACCUCAUCGUACGAUUUCUAGAAAACAUUUGUCAUGCCGAACAAAACCCAGUCUUACAUGGGCUCCAUUCCGUACCCCUUUGUCAUAUGCUUAAAGGCCUAUGGUAAAACCGGAUGGUAAGCACUGUAUCCAACUGGUCUUCCAGCAUAGUUUGUCAUGGCAAAACCAUUAACUUUUCCAAACUGUAGCUCUGUUUAGGAAUAGGAAAUCGUUACUAACCUAUGCCGCCAUUCUGUUAGCAUGUUGUAGCUAAUCACACUGUGACCCCUAUAGAGAUUAAUGAUUUUGUAGGUCAGAUAUCAAUGAAAGCUGAACUUCAGUUUAGCAAUUAUUAUUAUUAAAACCAUUACAGCAAUUUUAGUGAUUUACUAAAAUAUGCCUGGGGACCGUGAAUUGGAUGAGAGAGUAUGACUGGAAGAAGCUGUGAUGGGGAGGAAGUAUGGCUUAGUGAGUGUAUGGUAGAAGAGUGUGAAUGAAUUGGAGGUAGUAUUGCUGGCUGAGAUAUAGCUGGAUGUGCAUUGAAUUAAGGCAAUGUGGCUGGGUGGCAGUUUAGUUGAUGGUGGGCAAGAUAUGGGGGGAGGGGCAUUGAUUUUGGUGGGUUGUGUCUGGUGGUGCUUCAGUGAUUUAGGGGAAAUGACUGGGGACAGUGAAUUGUUUUUUGAGGCAGUGGAGGAGCAGCAAGGUAGCGCAGAGUCUUAGACCGACCUUGGUUUUGGCCAUCUCCCGAGAUCACUGUAUAUUGUUCACACCCAUACCCUUAGUGCAGGGGCAGGCAACAUUGGGCACUCCAAAAGUUGUGGACUACAUCUCCCAAAAUGCUAUUGCAUUCAUAAUGCUGGCAAAGUGUCAAGGGAAAUAUAGUCUGUAGCAUCUGGAGUGCCCACGGUUGCCUACUUAACAUUAUUGGGAAUUCUCUAAAUUGUUUUGGUUUUGUAAAAUGCUACUUUUAUCCUGAUUUAUCUAUUUUAGGUUUUUGAAGUAGUCGAGCGAGUUGAGGAGUUGCGGAGGAAGUGGCCAGUGGCCUGGGGCAAGCUAGAUGACGGCAGCAUUGGAGUGGUAUCGCCUUACGCCGAUCAAGUGUUCAGAAUUCGGGCUGAGCUGCGCAAGAAACGUCUAUCAGAGGUCAGCGUGGAGAGAGUACUUAAUGUUCAGGGUAAGCCUUUUCUUUCAUGUAUUCUUUGUAAUUUCAUUAAAGCAGCACUGUUGACUCCUUACCAAAAUAUGGCACCGGAGGACUCCUGGUACCACAAUCACUAGGGUGGUUAGGGUGCUUAAAGUACUUCUUGAAUUUUGACCUCUUAGCCUGCCUUGGGCUUGUCUUGUGUUUGUGUUCCAUAGUAUCACUCCCCUACCCUUGGGCCUGCCUUUCAUAGUAUCACUCCCCUACCCUUGGGCCUGCCUUUCAUAGUAUCACUCCCCUACCCUUGGGCCUACCUUCCAUAGUAUCACUCCCCUACCCUUGGGCCUGCCUUCCAUAGUAUCACUCCCCUACCCUUGGGCCUACCUUCCAUAGUAUCACUCCCCUACCCUUGGGCCUGCCUUUCAUAGUAUCACUCCCCUACCCUUGGGCCUGCCUUCCAUAGUAUCACUCCCCUACCCUUGGGCCUGCCUUCCAUAGUAUCACUCCCCUACCCUUGGGCCUGCCUUCCAUAGUAUCACUCCCCUACCCUUGGGCCUGCCUUCCAUAGUAUCACUCCCCUACCCUUGGGCCUGCCUUCCAUAGUAUCACUCCCCUACCCUUGGGCCUGCCUUGGUUUGCCUUUUCUGCUCUCUAUACCUGACCCCUCAUUUCUGUACUUGGUAGCUAACCAUUAAUUACUCAGUUUCCAUGAUAUGUUUUGUUUCCCCCCCACCCCCAGGGAAACAGUUCAGAGUCUUGUUUCUCAGCACUGUGCGAACACGGCACACUUGCAAACACAAGCAGACUCCAAUAAAAAGGAAGGAGCAGCUCCUAGAGGAUUCAACCGAGGACCUGGAUUAUGGUUUCCUGUCAAAUUACAAGCUGCUGAACACCGCCAUCACUCGGGCACAGUCCCUAGUAGCUGUUGUUGGGGAUCCCAUUGCUCUUUGUUCCAUCGGACGGUGCAGGUAUGAGGUCUUUCAAAUCCUCUCUUUACCUCUUGGCAUAUAUAAAAGGGCCUCUACCAGCACCAUAACCACCAAUUCAUUGCUCAACUUACAUUGCACUGACAUCUGCAGCAUUUAGCACAAUUUACUGCAACCUUCCCCUUUUCACUUUGACUGUAGAAAAUGCAUCUAUGCUUGACAGUGUGCGCUCUUGUGUUUUGUAGUUUUACACUUUAUUGCCAAGCAUGUUGUGCCUUGCUUUUCGAGGACUUUCCUGUUAAAUUUGACACUAGAUAAAGAACUUUUAACUGCGUAGCUUCAAAUCUGGGCUUUUCUGUUGGGUCCAGACAUCAUCCAUCCUCGAGCCUUGCCUUUGCAUUGGGCCUUCUUCCCCACUGAUUCUUUGCAAUUUGCAUAUUCCCAGCCCGAGCUCAGGGAUUUGUAGGACAUUUAAAUUUGUAGUCGAUGCUAGCAGACAUUGCCUGCACAAUGUUAUGUCUUGGAAAUGAAAAAAAUAAAAUCGCUGCAGGUGGCUAACUUUUAGUUGGCUGUUGGAUUGUGUGACAAGAGCUGUUAAAUAUUUACCAAGCGGAUAUAUUGGCUUUGGAUAAGGAUACAAUUUGUAGACCCAUUUCUGCUACCAAGCUGAGCUAAUUGCGUCCCUCAGUAAAAUACAAUGAAAUAGUAAAUGUGCAAUUGAUGUGCUAUGUAAACAAAUCAUUUGCAGGUAAAGCAUUUAGUCUUCAAAGUGCUGUGAAAGGGACAGAGGAAUGAUGAGAGCGAUUGCCUGCAGCUUGCUUCCUAAAUAGAGCAAAUUAGUGCAGCCAGGCAGCUGACUGUGUGGAGUGGCACUCUGUCUUAACCAACACGGUUUCUGGGUGGGUUUUGUCAGCUAUCUCUGAAAAAUCAUUAGAUUCCAGGAGAAAAGUUGAUUUGUGUAUGUAGUGGGUGUUUGUUUGCAUGGAUGUUGGCGAAAGUGCACCAGCUGAUGGUCGGUCUUUUCAAGAGAAUGAUUCUCCUCAUUUACUGGCUCUUGGAAUUGAUGCUGUGUAACUAUUUGCCGGGUUUCUGUCUUCUCUGCUUCGUCUAACAUGUUGCGUUCUGGCCAUUUUAAAAAUCAUGUCCAGGAACUGCAAAGAGAACGACCUCUUCUAUACAGUAUUGUGUAUACAAUAUCAAUUAACAUGGUUAAAGUUCUCUCACCUGAUAGUCUCCCCAGUCUGGCUGGAGCAAUAUUUCCCUCAGAUUAAUAUUCUUGUAAAAUAAGAGUUAGCAGAUGUAGCUGUAAUUGACUCUCAUUGAAUGAAUGUUGCCAAAUGCAGCUCAGAUUUCAUACUAUUAUACAUUGGAAGAGGCAUGCGGAUUGUUAGAAAUCUAUUAAGUUUCUGGAAAAAAAGAAUACAUGGGAACAGACCCUUGUAAUUUUAGAAUAAACCCAACACAAAUAAUAACUAAAUUGCAAGCAUAUAUUGAUCAGAUCAGACUGGACUUGAACCCCCAACCCCCCUUACGUAAAGGGACACCAUAAGGCACCAAAACAACUUUAGCUUAAUGAAGCAGAUUAUUUAAUAGUGCAUGCCGCUACUAUGCUUAUGUUACAUAGUUUGUUUCUGCCGCGUGCUUCGUCAACUGGGGGGUUAACUGUUGGGCUGCUGUUUGUCUUAAUAGGAUUGCUUACUGGCUUGGAACAGGUUAAAGAAUUCCCUUAAUGCUGCAGUUUACUAAGAUCUCUAAAUGGUGCCACACGAACAGAAAACAAAAACAGAACGGCGGGGGUAGGAGAGGGAGCAAUUUAUCUUCUAUUUUUCAGCUGCUUACCUUAACUGACUCUCUCGCUGUCGCUUAGCCAGACAAAUUUGUUUUUUAGUAUUGGUUUACAUUUGCAUGAGCGAUGACUAUCCCUUAUAGAUUAGCAAUUAGUCUGUUUGCAGGAUGUACAGCAAGCAGGAGUAAUGAGGUUAUUCAGGUUUAAAGCAGUAAUCCUAUGACACAGCUGGCUGUGAGAGGGGUACAGAGUGCCACCACUAGAAUAUUUAACAGAUUACACGAUUUGGUACAAGCUAGCGGCCUGUACAGUCAGUGAACCAGCCGCAAUAGACGUGCAACAUUUCUAUUGCGUUUUCUUACCGCACCAAUUGAAAUGUCUCUUAAGGCAGUCCUUUAUUAACAUUUCAAGUGUUCACCUUUAAUUUAUCUGCACCUUCGCUGUGAUCCAGACCUCAGACUAAAUGCCCUUCUUUUAUAGGAUAUAAUAGCAACUGUGCUUUGCAGUUAGAGUAAGCAGCAGUAUUCCUUACUGUCCAACCUCACCAGUGGUUGCAUUGUGAUGUGAUUCCUGUAAAGUGUUAUAUUUGAUGUCAGUGAUCCCUUUAUAAAUAAAAUCGUGUAAUAAUUUAUUUGUGUAUAUAUAUUUUUGGUGGUUUUUUGAGGCAAUUAUUGAGGUGCCAUACUUUGUUGUGGAAAUCAUGCAUUUAAGACCCAGCUAGUAGUCCGUUUGUGCAUAUGUUUGAUUUAAUGAAUUGCCGUAGUUGUCCCAUCUUGAGCAAAUCUUGGUGAAGUUUGGAAGUGGGCCUUUAUUGGUAUGGGACAAUUCUUUGUGGAGUCUUGGGUUAAAAUUGUGAUAAUGGGAGCUUUUUUGCACUUUUAGCUGUGUUGAUGAUGUACUGAGUUAAAGCUUCGUGUGGUUGGGGUAGUGUUUCAGUUUGCAUAUCUAAUAGAAGAGCUAUGGUUCUAGCUUUGUAGAGUUGGUGCCAGAGAAUAUGCCUGCUAACACCAUCACCCUUUGUGAAUGUACAUGUUAACAUCCGUACCCACAUAGAAAUAUCGUUAUUGAUUCCACAGAAUUUGACCCACUAAUAACAUAAAGUUGACCCUCCCAAUAAAGUUCCUAUCUAAUAUAAAUACUCAAGAGUCUACCUCUUUUAGUAAUUACACCCUCAGGAAGUAUCUCUCUCAUAACCUAACAGAAUUCAUCCCAACAGAACGUUUUCUCCUAGACGGUACGAAUUGCCUUUAUAAUCCACGGUUUUAUUUGCAGGAAGUUUUGGGAGCAAUUCAUCACAAUUUGUCACGAAAAUAAAAGCCUUCAUGGGAUCACCUUCGAGCAAAUCAAAGCUCAGCUCGAGGCCUUAGAGUUGAAAAAAACCUAUGUGCUUAAUCCACUGGCUCCUGAAUUUAUUCCUCGGGCACUUAGACAGCAGCAUUCCGGAAACAGCUCCAAACAGCAGCAGCAGCAGUCUCCUCCCAAGGUAAGACCCCAGUCUGUGCCACCUUCUCGUCCCAGGGCAAGACCCCAGUCUGUGCCACCUUCUCGUCCCAGGGCAAGACCCCAGUCUGUGCCACCUUCUCGUCCCAGGGCAAGACCCCAGUCUGUGCCACCUUCUCGUCCCAGGGCAAGACCCCAGUCUGUGCCACCUUCUCGUCCCAGGCCAAGACCCCAGUCUGUGCCACCUUCUCGUCCCAGGCCAAGACCCCAGUCUGUGCAACCUUCUCGUCCCAGGGCAAGACCCCAGUCUGUGCCACCAUCCAAAAAUAGUUGUUUGAGAAGUGUAUCUUUCUGGUUCCUUUGCACAGGCUUUACCUCCACAAUGUCAGUUUAAAUCUUUGCUUUCACUUUCCUGUACUUGCUGGAUUGGAUCUUAAUGCUGCCUUUUUGCUUUUUCCAGGGGAAAGGCCAUCACAACCAAACAGAGCACUUUCCAGCUGAUGGAUUAGGUAAAUUGGUGCAAAAUCCAUGUGCAUCCAGUCUGUGAGAUUAUAGGAAUGACCUUGCGAACAUGUUUAAACAGUGUAUUGGGUUCUUGUUAAUUGGCUAUUUACAGUAUAAACCAUGAUCUGCAAUAUUGUUAUAUAUGAUGGCAUAUUUCAAUAAGUAAAAAAAACAAAUAUGGAAUGUUAUGGGUAAUGGACAAUUAAGACAUUAAUACAUUAAAUGUAAUGAUCACUGGUUAAUUUUUUUUUAUUUUUUUUUUAAAUAGUUCAGCCCAAUCCAUCUGUUCUUAUUGGAAAUCCUAUCCGGGCUUACACUCCUCCCCUGGGACCUCACACCAACAUGGGCAAGUCCCCAAGUCCGGUACAAAGAAUAGAUCCACACACCGGCACCAGCAUUUUAUAUGUACCGGCUGUCUACGGAGGCAACAUGGUCAUGUCUGUGCCUUUACCUGUGAGUAUACCAACAGUGAAUGCAAGCUUGGCUGUAAAUGUAUUGCUGAUUCUGUCUGCUUAGAUUGAGCUCACUGUUACUGGUACAGUAACAGGUAUUAGAUGUAUAUAACAACUCCCUCACGCUAUUUUUUAUAUUGGUAAUUACAACGAGCUAAAGGUUUUAUUUUUAUAAAAUGUAUUCACCAGGUCUUGCUUUUCUUUGUUUCAUUGCUUGUUAUAUCCAUUCAUGCAUACAUUGGCAGGCCCUUGUGAAUGCGUGUCAAAACUCUGCGCUGUUCCAGCCUCAGUUUAGUGAUACAGCAAGUGAAUUUCUUAAAUACCGAAACUCUUGAACAACCUCACUUUACUGACCUCUUCUUGUUGCAGGUGACCUGGCCAAGCUAUCAGGGUAGAUUUUCAGUUGAUCCCCGUCUCAUGACCCAUCCAGCUAUGGCGUACAAUAUGAACAUUCUCCAGGCUCAUGGCCGAGGCUCUCCCAUCCCUUUUGGGUUAGGUCAUCACUCACCUGUCAACGUUGGUCAGCAACAGACACCACAGCCACCACACACCGACAAGGAGCAGCACGAACAAAACAGGAACGGUCUGUAUGAAAAAUUUAGGUCUCCCACACACUUGCCUACUGUUUUCAAUAACAAAUGGUAUCAUUUACAUUUAUGUGAUAUUUGGGGUCUGACAGUGGCAGCUUACAAAUAUGUAAAUUUGUCAUCCAUUACACUUAAGUUUUAAAAGUCAAAUUAUUUAAAGGGCACGAUGAAACCACACUAGCUCUAGUAUUAAGAAUAAUACAGAUUAGUCUGUAUUAAUGAUGAUCUUUUUAGAUCUUAUCCACAUGUGUUCAUCCAGAGAAGCAGCAAUCCCACUAAAAUCAAAUUUGACAAUGCAAUAAAUUAACAUUUCAGGUAAAAGCGAUCACAAUCCAGUAACAGAACUGAAUAAAAUCCGCACGCCAGAAAAGAAACCACAAGAAUGUAAACAGGUAAAUCGUUAUGUUUACUGCCAUUGACUUUGAAUUUUUUAAGCAUCAAAGGCUAAGAUUUGCUACUGCUUGGUUUUGGGAUUUGUUCUGUUUGUGUUUUAUAUUUUUGCUUACCUGUCCCAAAGUUUAGUAUUGUCAGUUUAUUUUAUAUAUAUAUAUAUAUUAAAUAUGGUGUAUUUUUUUUAUUUUUGAUAGGUCGAUAUAGAUCCAAAUGCACAAACAAGAAGCCCAGAAUCACGGGCCAAUCCUGGUUUUCUCAACCCUAAAUUUCACAGGAAAGAUAAUCCAAAUCAAAGACACCUGAACGUCCACCUCACCCCUCCACAUCCUCAGUACCCCAUACCGAAUCGACAUUACCCUCACUUAUCUCAAUUACCCAGACCGGCGUAUUCUCUACAGCAGCAGCAACAAAACCAUUUAUCUGAACUGCAAAACCAAAUACCUCCUCAGCAGGGCCAGGUGGUCCAACAGCAAGCCCCAUCUCAGCCCUCACAGCUCUCUCCAGCCUUCCAGCCCAACCCCAGCCACUCCUUUUUUAACAACCCCAUGCCCCACCGACCUCAUUCCCCCGGCGUGGAUGGAAUGAUCCCCGAACAACCUCCUCACAUGCUCCAAGACAUCAAUAACCCUCUAAGAUCUGUUCCUCAACACAACCCACUGUUAUCUUCUCAUAUGAACAAUUUUAUUGAAGAUGCUCCUCCGGGUUUAGGUGCUGGAGAUGCUCUAGGUGGGUAUUCAUGACCGCAUUAAAUUAAAGCCGUCUGUUUACUUUACAUACUAAAGGUUAAUUAAAUGCCAUAUUCACCAAGACACAUGCAUAUUUAUAUGUACAGUGCUGAUCUGGGUCAUCACUUCUGUUCAAGUGGGAGAGCACACAGCGAAUAUUUUAUUUCCUGAAGGAUGCAGAACAAGUCUGUUAAUCAGUCUGAUCAGAUUUUUUUUUUUUUUUUUUUUUAACAGAGUUGUUAUAAAAAUUCCACAUAAUACAGGGUAAUGCUUAUAACAAUCUUAUCUAUACGAAGCUUCAGAUUGGAGCGAUUUGGUUACUCAUAUACCCUGUCCUCAAUGCUUCUCUAUGCGUAACAUUUUAUUGGACAGAAGUCAUCAAUAUUGUUGCUCUAAACGAAGAGUAGCUGCUCCAAACACUGUAUUACCAGUAAGUUUAUUGGAGUGUAGGGUAUUUUUAUGUAGUGGUUUUUUUGUUUGUGUUUUUUUUUACACCCUUUAUUACUUUAAGAAAAAGGUCAGGCACUAAAUCUAAAAAAUAAAAAUAAACCACCCUGAUGAUAGUUAUAUAUUGUAUAUACUACUAGCCACAUCAUAGAAAUUGCUUGCCACUAGGCAUGUACAGUUGCCGAUUUGUUUGACCCGGAACUGAUUGUCUUGCAUAGAACCCGUUAUGAUGAAAAAAAAAAAAAAUUGAAACUGAUCUGUUUAACCGCUUAAGGAUACAUGACAUGUGUGACAUGUCAUGAUUCCCUUUUAUUCCAGAAGUUUGGUCCUUUAGGGGUUAAAAACAAAUGCUGACUAAUCGAUUCAGAACCGAUUUUGUUGUGAAACUAAUCAACAAAUGCAAAACUGGCUCAUCCAUGGCUCAAUCACUAGGUGUGAACAACUUCUCUCCAAUGCAAUGUUUUCUCUCGGUUUGUACUUUUGGUAUUGCUCCUUAUCUCCCACAUUACUGCAUUUUGGCUUCUUAGGAAAACACAAUGGCAGCUACCUAGCAAGAUCUCUGUGUAGUGAACACGUUGGUGUUGAUAUGUUGGAUCCAAGUUGUCUCACAGUGAACAGCGAGGAAGCAUAGAAUGGAGUGUUGUGUGACCAAUGGGAGACCUGGUAGAACGAAGAGAUGAGGACUUGAGAUGGCUGAGAUUAGAAUAGAUCUUAUUUGAAUUGUACAGAGAUGUCAUUUUAACUUGUCUGGAAUAGUUAUAGAAGUCAGGUGACCCAUAAAACAUUGGGGUAUUGCAUUGUAUUAAAAUUCAUUUUUAUUGGACUACAUCAGUGUUCUUAGAGUGACGAGCAUUCAGCAGUUGGCCCUGGUAAGUAAGUUAUAGGACACAAAUCUGAAGAUUUAAGCAUCAGUCCCCAUUUGUAUCAUUCCGUAUAUGAAUUUGCCACACUAGAUUGUAUUGUUCUCACUAUUCUCUGUUGGCUUGGUUAGCUAUAAGUACUGUAUGUAACAGAAGAUGUGCUUUUGUUUCUUGAUACUCCCUGAUAAUCGAUCUCCCCUCCUUUUCCAGAUCGCCUCCAUGGCAGCGUGGCCUUGGAAACAUUAAGACAGCAGCAGACAAGGUUACAGCAUUGGAAUGAGCAUAACGCUUAUCUGAACCAAGGCAACAUCCCGUUCCCACACCACCCCCAUCCUCACCUGCAAGCAUUGGGAAUACCCCAACAGCAGUUAGUCCGACCCAAUUGGAAGACCCCCAACAAUGCAGAGGAUGAAUCAGAGGUGGCUUAUUCCAGGUGGGUGGCUUGUUUGUAUCGUGAUUUGUUGUUCAUAUUGAUUACUAAUCUUCGUAACUAUGUUCUAUGAUAUUGUCCAAGUGAAAAAUAUGUUCAAUAAACUUUGCAUGGAAAAAAGUGGUAAUUAUAAUUUCCCAGGUUAAACAGCUGUAUGUAAAAAAGGAAAAUUGGUUUGGUCAUGGAGAAAAUAUAGCUUUCUUUUAUUUUUAUUAUUUAUUUUUUUAAAUAAUACAAAUCCAUCCAGCUUAACUACCCAUACCCUACAUUUCACCUACUGCAUGGGUGCCUGCAAUGUCCCUUCAAAGUGUUAAGUCGGCUUUAGGUUAGGCUUUGUCUAACAGAUUUUUUUUCCCCUUAAACUUUCUUCCGCAGAUUAAAAAAUCUAAUCACUGCAAUAUUUUAAAUAUAUUCUCAAACUUUUCUUUAAUGCAAUAAAUAUAUUGGGAAAUAAAUGGCAAGCUACUAUGAUAAAUAUGGGAUUUUUUUUGUGCGGUGUAAGUAACGAAGACCUAUACCUGUAAGUGGAGCGCUCAAACACAUAUACAGCUUACCAGAUGUUAUUUCAUUCAAUGGUAGAGUAUAAGGUACAUGUUAAGGAAAAAUUCAAGAAGUACAAUAUAGUGCAGAUGGUACUUAAAGUAACAAUAUAAUGGUGAUGAUAUCGUAAUGAAUUGUACACUCACAUUUCAAGGAGCCUGUAUAUAGAAACACUGGCUCCGUAUGGUGGCUUGUGUGCUUGUUAGGGUAGCACCACCCUUCUACUUCGAUGUGGGGUGAUUCUCGAAGACAAAAAAAGGGGAGAGCGAACCAAUGUGUAGAACCAAUGUGUACCCCUAGGAAGAUUCUCUGGAGGUUCCAAAAAGGACUUGAACAGGGAUCUUAAGUAAAAUGGCAAAUUUAUUAAUGUAUAAAAAAAUAAAUAAAAGCAAAUAGUAUAAAAGUCCUCAGUAAAAAGUCCUUUAAAAGUAGCCAAUACGCGUUUCACUCCUCAGUGGAGCUUCCUCAGUCAGCUGUAAUGUUAGUCCUCUGAAGCUUCCAUUUUAAAUGUCCUUAGGGUCUUCCCCUUUAAUGAGCUCAGUACAUUUUGUCCAAUCACAGUGAGGUUUACAUUUUCUUUAUAUAGGGGAAUAUGUGUAUGCCUCUUUAAUUGGAUUAGAUUUCUGGCACCUUUAUUGCCUAUAAAUUUCAUUGGUGGACUGUGGUGGUUGGCGGAAAUAGUCCGCAUGCGUCCUGGCGGUUGGCGGAAGUGACGUCACUGACCCAUGUGACUGUCACUCCGCCGCCGCCCCCAAGUUCCCGAGCUCCACAGUCAUGCCACACGUCACCCAUGCGGAGUGACAGUCACAUGGGUCCGUGACGUCACUUCCGCCAACCGCCCGGACGCAUGCAGACUACUUGAAGAUCCCUGCUCACGUCCUUUUUGGAACCUCCAGAGAAUCUUCCUAGGGGUAGUGCCAUCCCCACUCAAAUUGGCACAGAACCUAUAUACUUAGAGCCGGGACCCACAGGCUCAGGACAAGUGAGCACCACAUUUAUUUAUACAAUAGUGAGUUUUAACAAGCACUAUCUACACAUUGGUUCGCUCUCCCCCUUUUUUUUGUCUUCGAGAAUCACCCCACAUCGAAGUAGAAGGGUGGUGCUACCCUAACAAGCACACAAGCCACCAUACGGAGCCAGUGUUUCUAUAUACAGGCUCCUUGAAAUGUGAGUGUACAAUUCAUUACGAUAUCAUCAUCACCAUUAUAUUGUUACUUUAAGUACCAUCUGCACUAUAUUGUACUACUUGUAUUUUUCCUUAACAUGUACCUUAUACUCUACCAUUGAAUGAAAUAACAUCUGGUAAGCUGUAUAUGUGUUUGAGCGCUCCACUUACAGGUAUAGGUCUUUGUUACUUACACCGCACUAAAAAAUCACAAUUGUUUUGUGGAAUAGAGGAUAUUUCCACAUAAGUGUACUGAGCUGCCGGUAAAUCACUUUUAUUGUCUAAAGCACUUUGUUAUACACACCCCUCUGUAAAAAGAGGUAACCUUUGAUUGGUAUACUAUGAUAAAUUUGCAUAUUCUAUUUCUUGUCUCAGACACCGUAUCCCUGUCUGGAGCCAGACUGCUUUCUACCAAUCAUAGAUAUUCUGAUAGGAGACAUUAUCAAUCUUGAUAAUACCCCUCAGAGCUUUAUUAACAGAAACUGCAUACGCUAUGAAUGGGUGCACAUUUAAAAAUGUAUUCACACUAUAUGUGUCUUUCAUAUUUUAGCAUAUUUAACUAUUCUUUAUGUAUGCUGAAGGUAAUAUAGUGUGGUAUGAUUUGCUAUAACCUCUCCCUUUAAAUCACGUAUACUAGUACCAACUUAAAACAAUACUUUUGGUCAGUAUACCCGUGGUAUAUUUUGUGUUUAGUAGAAACUGUCAUAUGACUGUUUUACAAUUUGUUGUCAAGCCAUAUAAGCACUUAAAGAAGCUUUAGUUUAGGUAAAAAUGUAAUUUUUAUUAAAGGAUUUUUUUUUUUAUCCUAAGAUUAUACAUGAGACAAGUAGCUAGUGCCUCCAUCUUAAGCGUUGGUCACAGCGGCUGAUGGGAACAGGCAGCAUAUUGCAAGAUGCUCAAUUGAUGCCUGCUACCUUAUUGCUCAAGAUUAUCUUCCAUGUGCAAUAAUGAAGAAAGCCUAGGAAGGACAUCCUAAAUGAAGGAUAUAUUCCAAUCUGCAACCCUCUUGUCCACCUCUGCACAAGCAAAGUUUCACCCUGUGUGGUCUUUGCAAAAAAAUAAAAAAAGUUAGUGCCACCUUUAUAACUGUCAUAGAUUAAUAAAGGCGGAGGGGCACAUCCACGUCAUGCCAUUACAUUGUGGAAUUUCUAGAGUUGAGUUGAUUAGUUCCCAGAAUCCUCCUGUUCAGAGAAAAGGAAACUUAAUAUUCCAACUGUCUGAUGUACAUCAUUCUCACAGGAAGUCCAGGUUUGUCAGUGAUUAGUUUAUUCAGUUAUAAGUGGCUGAAGUGAUUUUUAUAAGUUUACCAGCAGUUUUUAAAGGGCUCGAUGAUGGUGUAGAAAAAAUGUUUGGGAUAGCCACAAUAAUGGUUUUUCUUAUCUUAUCUCCUUUUUUACACUUUCAGAUUCCAGGAAUUCUUGCGAGAACUUUCCCAUCAAGAUCCAAGUGAUAACCGUGAGCUGAAUGAAAUGCCCCCACCGCAGUCUAGACUGUUACAAUACAGACAGGUCCAGCCCAGAAGCCCACCAGCACUGUCAUCCCCUUCCUCUAACCACAGUGGCCACUAUCCAAACUUCAACGAAAACAGUCGGGAGUUGGAAAUGGCCAACAAUCCAGCAUUUACCCAGCACAUAGCCCAGAUGUACAAUAGUCCUUACCCCAUGCCCUCUGGGCACCUAACGCCUCCGCCCCUCAAAUACCUGCAGCACGACGGAUCAUGGACAUAUGCUAAUCUACAGCAAAACCCCUUAAUGGGCCAGGGUUUUCAUUACGGUAUGACCCCUCUUCAACACAGACCUCCACAGAACCCGUUCAUACACCAUCUACAGAACCAUCAGCAAGCGUCCAAUCAGGAAGCAUUUCACCCGCCUUCAUCGCGAGCAGUGUCCACCUCUUCACUCCACAAUUUAGAAGAGGUAAAUGCUCCAGGUUGGAUUUAAUGGGUUCAAGGGAUGUAGCACAGCCUGCAUGCAUUAUCUUAAUCCUGUGUGAAUGUCUGCAUAAUGGUUUAUUGGCCUGGCUGUUUAUGCUACCACUGAGGACAAAAGCUGUUAUUUUGAUAUGCAUGGUUAUAUAUUCUACUUGCACCUUAAAGGAUCACUAUAGGGUCAGGAACACAAACCUGUAUUCCUGACCCUACAGUGUUAAAACCACCAUCUAGCCACCCUGGGCCCCUCAUGUCUCCAUAAAUAUAGCAAAAUCUUACUGUAUUCAAGCCUGAAGCUGUAGAUCUGCAUAUUGUUUGCCUCAGAAAAACAAACUGCCUGCUGACAUCAGCAGAAGUGGUAGCCUGAUCCAAUCACAAUGCUUCCCCAUUGGAUUGGCUGAGACUGACAAGGAGGCAGAUCAGGGGCAGAGCCAACACGAUUCAAACACAGCCCUGGCCAAUCCGCAUCUACUCAUAGAGGUGAAUUGAAUCAGUGUAUCUCUAUGAGGAAGGUUCUGUGUCUGCAUGCAGAGGGAGGAGAUACUGAUUGUUUGGAUGGAUUUUAGACAGUCAUGACCCAGGAAGGAUCUCUAAAAGCCAUCUGGGGAGUGGCCAGUGAAGUUAUCACUAGGCUGUAAUGUAAACACUGCAUUUUCUCUGAAAAUACCGUGUUUAAAGCAAAAAGCCUGAAGUGAAUGAUUCUACACACCAGAACAAAUUCAAUAAGCUGUAGUUGUUCUGGGGACUAUAGUGUCCCUUUAUGAAUUGCCAUAAAAAUUAUAUUUUAAUAUGUUAUGUUAAGUAUGUAUUGAAUAUUUAUUAAAGGAUCACUAUAGUGUCAGUAAAACAAAGCGGUUUUCCUGACACUAUAGUGCCCUGAGGGUGCCCCCACCCUCAGGGCCCCCCUCCCUCUCUGAAACUGCUAUGUUUACAUGUGAAGGGUUAAAACCCAAGGGACCUGGCACCCAGACCACUUCAUUGAGCUGAAGUGGUCUGGGUGACUAUAGUGUCCCUUUAAUAACUGUUGUUUAAUGGCUGUGACCUUUUUGUAUAAAAUAUGCUGGGGGCUUUGGCAUGUUAAUUGUCCUCCCUCCAGUGAAGAUGCUGUGAUCCAAGUAUUCUACAAACGCCAGUGUAACUGUACAGAUCACUGACCGCAGCCUGAAGAAUCAAAAAAAGAUGACUUUCCCUGUAACGUUUAAACAGAGUUAUAGCUUUAACAGAAUUAUUAACUCUGUUUUAAUAUUUUUGGAUAUGCUUUACAAAUGAUUUAAUAUUUUGAAAUUUUUUUUAAUAUCUAGAUAUUUUUUGGGGGAAACACUUUUUUUGUUUUCUGCAAAAAUACUAAAUAAUUUAAAGAGCUUAUCUGAUCACUUUAAACCGAGGCCUAAUUCUGAAUUGUAAACUAGAGACCAAAAUAGCUGAUCUGAAAACGUUCUCUAUCCCGGCUAUAGUCACAGCUUUCAUCGUCGAUUUUAAAUUCAGACUUUAGCGAGAAACCCUGGGAGUGUUCAAUAGGGCAUUAUAAGAAAGUGUGUCAGUGGAGGCAGCUGGAAAAUGGUAGUUAACCCACCUAUGUAACUGACCGCAUUUACCCCACCACCACCUUUCUAUGAACCCUAUAUGCGGAUAGGGUAACGUCAUUCUCUGCAAACGGAAUUAAUUACGAAGCUUCUUUUAUUACAUAAGUGAUUGUGAUCUGUGGCCUCCAACCAAUCGUUCUCAUAAUGUGAGGUAGCACUGAAUAUCUAAUUUCUGCUGCUACGCAGAUAUAAUUUAUUGUAAUGCUUUCAUUGUUACAUUGGCAGAUUUCAUAGAGAUUGCACAGGUAACGGAAAAAUGGAAGUGGAGUACAGUUAAAAUUAUACUUUAUAUAUACAUUAUAUCUUUGAUCUCUUCAGUUUAAUGGUUUGUCUUGUGAUUUAAAAAAAAAAAAAAAAAGUUGUAUUUUCCCCUCCCCGAAUUAAUUAGUAGGGGCAUCUAGCGACACCUACUUCUCGGAUUUCCAUACAGCCAGUUCCGUACAAAGCAUUUGGGACCUGCCUGGACACUUAUUGUGGUUGGAUGAUUUCAGUGGUGUCCUAAUUGUUUUGCUAUUCUAAUGGUGACUACAUUUGAGUGUCAUUUAUUGUUGAUAUGUUGGGCAAGUCCCUUCAGUAAACAUCCACAAACGUUUGCGGAUUAGCAGAGAUCGAAACGUUCUGUGCACAGUCCCAGUUCUGCUUAGAGCGUUGGUUGCUGGGAUUUGUUUAGUUCUGCGCUUUGUGCUAACGACAGUGGCUAACUGAUCUCCCAGAAGGCUUUGCAGUGCUUCCUGGUGACACAAAUGUUUAUUCAAUUAUUGGUGGGAAUAACUGUGGGAAUAACUGAAACAGAGCUGUACACUUGGAAAAACAAAGUGAGCAUGCAAAAAAAACAACAAAAGAAACCGUAAUCUGUGUAAAUUAUGCAUAGGCUGAGUUUGUGCCUUUAAAUCCAUUAAAAUCUCUUAAAGUGAGAUUUCAGUAGUUAUGAAAUAUAUUUGUGUACCUUUUCUAGCAAACUUCAGUCCGUCGGGGUAAAUUCCCCCCUGUGCAAUGCGUUGCUUGUCUUGGUCGUCAGGAAGCCUCCUUUUUGUGGAGACCAUCUGUUGGAUGCUGGACAUUUAGCAAAUGUUUUCCUCUGCCGGAUUAUACUGCACAAAUGGAGCGGAUUCAUUAAAUGCUUGCAUUUUGGCCUAAAAUGUUGCGGCAGCGUGCUUUGCUUCGACUUUGAAAAAUAAGUGGGCAGACUCUAUUAAGUAAUCUUUCCCUUUGAAAAUAAAGAUCAAAGUCCGACUUAGUGUCAGACUCUCAUUACUGAAAGCAGGAGAUUUGGGUCUGUUAGCUGGAGGUUUUAGUAUAUGCACCCCGUGGAUAGAAGGGAUGCGGAAGGUUACAGAACCCAUAUUUUUGUUUUACCAAAUCUUUUUUUUGUUCUUUAGAAAAAUGCUUUUUGCACAUAUUGGAGCAGAAAUAUCUCAUCUCAUGGCAGUGUGUACAGUGACUAACAUGUGUACGGAGAUUAGAAUGCACGGAGCACAGUAGCAUUGUCAUUUUUUUUACCUGUCUGUAUCCACAUUAAAUAUGUGAGCGUGACCUGUGUUAUUGGCCUUCCUUUUUGAAGUCUUUCCUGUGAUGCAUUCGUAUACACCAGAAUGUGUAAAUUAUAGAUCAAAACAGCAUGCCUAGAAAUAAAGUGCCUCUAGCUAAAUGAAUUUAACAGGAGACAGAGUACAGCUGCAGGAUGCCAUUACAGUGCACUGGACACUGUACUGUCAAUUAUUCUCCAAAACCGGUGCCAUGCCCGUCAUGGCAUCACAUUAAUAUCUUCCCAUAGAAAUGCCAAGCCUGCAACAUAAAUCCAUAACUAAAUCAAUUUAUACUAGUUUGUGUAUAGAAUGAGUACAAUGCUGGUUAUAGCACUGCUGUACAAUGUGUAAGUAAAUAAAUGGUGACUAUUGGGGGAUGGGACUCUGCCAGUUGCAGGAGGCAGGCCUUUGAUCCUCUAGCGAUCCAAAACAGGAUGAUGUUGGCUUGUUCUUUGUGCUGUUUAUUUGGUCCCAGUUAUAUCUGUUGCUUUUGUCACUAAAAAUAUUAAUUAACAUAAACUUUUUUGGAAUUAAUAAAAAUGUUGACACUAAAAAUGGUUAUCGCUGACAUCUGACCAGGUCUGUAAUUAUCACUAUUUUUGGUGUUUUGUUUUAGUAUGAACCAAGAGGACCUGGCAGGCCGCUGUACCAAAGAAGAAUCUCUGCUAGUUCGGGACAUGCUGUUCCCGAGGAGUUAGGAGCUUGUCAAGAAAAUCUUGGUCCAUGUAAAGAGGCUCAAGAACAUGGUGGCCAACCUGCAUUUAGCUACUUAUCCCCUGAGCUGUGGGUCAACGCGGCAUCGUCAGUCUCCUAUCAGAACAUUCCGUGCAAUGGAUCCAAUCGACCGUUACCACCUAGGGACAUGUUAGGUAAUAAUACAUUGCUCUCCCCAGCACCUAUAUUUUUGUCAGUAGCUUUCAGACACAUGUUCUGUUAAGUUUAUGAGCUUUUUUUACUUUGGCCUUUAUGGUAUGCACUUUUAAACAUAAUUUAUUUUCUUUCAGUAGUAUGAAAUGAGUGCUGUAUUAACGUGUGUAUUUUUUUUGGUGGGGGGCUAGACUUUCCAUUGAAUUGUUUUUUUUUUUUUCUUUUUUAAUCUCCUCACCCCCACCCCUCCUAGUUUUAAAUCUAAGUACAGACAACUUUAUAUUGGGCUGAGCUCUCCACUUUUCUGCUGUCUGCGUGCUUCUGUCAGUUUACUGAACAGUUCCACUCUUCCUGUUGGGAAUAAUUACUUAUCCCAUAAAUCUCUGUUGGACAGAAGUUUAUGGAAAUAGAGGCCCCUCAUUGGAAGUGUCUUUCAGGUUAAGCAGAGGUCUGCCAAAAUUGCAAAUUACGCCGGUCUCUCUAGAGGCCUCUUAUUACACCCAUUUUGUAUUUAAUUAUUCAACAGUUUUGUAUGUGACAUUCUUGGCCUUUGGUUUUUUUUUCUACUAUUGCUGGAGACCCACUCUUUCACAGGAAAUAAAACAGCUACUCUUCUGUUUGUGUUUUUGCAGUUGCUCCACCGAAAAUGUCAAAACCUCCUGAUGAUCUUCUGAAGGCUGAAAACAUCCAGAUGGCCAAUUCCUUUAACUACAAUGUCCUACAACAUCUUGGCCAGUUCCCACCUCUAAUGCCCAACAAACAGAUUGUAGAGCCCAGUGGCGCAGCGGCUGUCCAGCAGAGCAACAGCAAACCAACUAUGUCUUACGCAAGUGCACUGCGGGCGCCCCCAAAGCCCAAACCCCCACCAGAGCAGGCAAAAAAAAAUAGUGACCCUUUGUCUUUGUUUCAGGAACUUAGUUUAGGCAGUUCAUCAGGUAGCAAUGGCUUUUAUUCCUAUUUUAAAUAAAUGCCUCCCUCCUGUUUUUGAUUUUAUUAUGCACCGUUUUUGUUUUUGUAUUGUAGAAAAUCUUUGUUUUAGCUUUGGAUAAAGAGUUAAAAGAAAAAAAAAAUAGGCUCGUCAGUGCUUUUCAGCUAUUUUUGUUUUUCUUGUGUGUAAGCGUGUGUAUUGUAUUUGUGUGUAUGUAUAUAUAGUAUAAAUAUAUUUAGUAUUUUAUAUAUACAUAUUCACAAAUCAAUAAGUCUGUAUAUACAUCCUAAAAUGUGUGUAUAUAGGGAUAUACAGACACUAUCAAACAUACACACAACCAUAAAAUGUAGGGGGGAGGUAUAUUCUUAAAUAUAUGUCCCAACAUCAGUUAAAGAUUUUGCUGCAAAAUUUGCAACUAGGUCAAAAAUUAAAAAAACACAAAAAAAGAAAUUUUAAGAAAAUUAAUAAUUUUGCUAAUUUUAAUGUUGGUCAGACUUUUGACUGCUUUUUAUGUAGAAUAAACUUUUUUUUUUUUUUUUUUUAAACGUGUGUAAAAUGAAGCAUUGCAGUUAGCAGCAUAGUUAGCUGGACUGUUAAAUUAAAAAAAAAUUAAAAAAUAAAUAAAAAAGGAAAAAUUUAAGCAAAACUUUGUCGAAUUUAAAAAGGAAAAAAAAAAGUUAGUAGCCUUUACAUAUAUUCAAUUAACAUUGGCAUCCAAAACUGGGUUUCUGUACCAGAAAUAACCAGUUAAUGUAAAAUUUGUAUGUUAUUUUGCUUUUUUUUUUUUUUUUUUAAUAAAUGUGCAGCAUCUCCUAAAGAUAUCUAUAAAUAUAAUUUUUGUGUUUUGUUUCUGUGAAGUAAUGCUGCCGUUAACUUUUUUUUUUUUUCUCUCAAGUAAAACCUGUAUAAUUAAAAGUUAAAAUUUAUUUCUAUAAAAUCCAAAGGAACAGCUAGUAAUAAUGAAAUGCGGGGAAUACUUAUGGAUAGUGUACCCCUCGAUGUUAUUGAGAGGUAGGUUGUGUAUGUAUUUGGUUUUUACAUUAAGCAAAGGAAGCGCAGUUCUUUUUCCCUAAUGCCAUUCAGAAAAACAAAUUUGCAAGGUCGUGAAGAUAACUUUAACUAGGAAAAUCGAUAUUCCGCCUAUUAAUUGAUAUUUAACUCUUUAUGGUCUGACUUUUUUAGGGUUUUUACGAAGUACCACAAAAAAAAAACAAACAAAAAAGUUGUGAAAUAAUUGUAAUAUUGGUGGGAGUAAAUUACCUUUUUAUGUUUGUUUUGUUUUUUUUGGCCUUUUAAAUUAAAAUUUUAACCUUUUUUUUGUACAUCAUGCAUCUUGUGACAUGAUGGUACAUGCCUUUUUUUUUUAAGCAGGUAAAAUGAAUUUGCAUGUUUAUGUUUUGCAAGAACAACUGGGAGAUUUUUAAAAAGGUUUAUACAGAAGUAGAGCAAAUUUCUAGAAAUGGGGAAAUCGUCCUCUAAAUCUUGGGAAGGUAUGUGCUGAUUCUGUUUGUGUUAAUUGCUCCACUUUAGAAUAUUGCCCCAUGCUUCUGUUAGCAACAUCUUUAGAAAUCUUCUCCAUUGUUAUAACCUUGCUUCGUAACUGGAAAAAGGUAAAUAAUUUGAGAUUUAAAAAAAGCAAUAUUACCAUCUUUUUGGGGAUUUAGGGUGUUAUUUUAUUAAAGUAUAGGAUAUGAAAUUGAGCAAUUUCAGAAUAUAAAAAGGUGUGUAGUUUAAAGCUGGUUAUAUAGCCCCUAAUCUCCAGUAGGCAAAAUACAAACAUAAAUCAAAAUCCUCUUCUUAAAUGUGCAAAAGCAGAAGACAAAAAAAAA